AUGUCUUGGAAGAGGAACUACUUUGCGUCCGGAAGCGGUGGGCUGCAGGGGAUCUUUACCCCACGCACCAUGACAUCCAUCGCCCCCAGUAAAGGACUCAGCAAUGAGCCGGGCCAAAACAGCUGCUUCCUCAACAGCGCAUUGCAGGUAGGGAUACAAACACACACACACGCCUGCUUGCACGCGCACACAGCACAUUUUUUAUCUGAAUUUUAAAUUCAAGACUUUCUUAGAAAUUACAGUUAAGUCGGAAGUUUACAUACACUUAGUUUGGAGUCAUUAAAACUUGUUUUUCAACCACUCCACAAAUUUCUUGUUAACAAACUAUAGUUUUGGCAAGUCGGUUAGGACAUGCAUGACACAAGUAAUUUUUCCAACAAUUGUUUACAGACAGAUUAUUUCACUUAUAAUUCACUGUAUCACAAUUCCAGUGGGUCAGAAGUUUACAUACACUAAGUUGACUGUGCCUUUAAACAGCUUGGAAAAUUCCAGGAAAUGAUGUCAUGGCUUUAGAAGCUUCUGAUAGGCUAAUUGACAUCAUUUGAGUCAAUUGGAGGUGUACCUGUGGAUGUAUUUCAAGGCCUACCUUCAAACUCAGUGCCUCUUUGCUUGACAUCAUGGGAAAAUCAAAAGAAAUCAGCCAAGACCUCAGAAAAAAAAUUGUAGACCUCCACAAGUCUGGUUCAUCCUUGGGAGCAAUUUCCAAAUGCCUGAAGGUACCACGUUCAUCUGUACAAACAAUAGUACGCAAGUAUAAACCCCAUGGGACCACGCAGCCGUCAUACUGCUCAGGAAGGAGACAUGUUCUGUCUCCUAGAGAUGAACGUACUUUGGUGCGAAAAGUGCAAAUCAAUCCCAGAACAACAGGAAAGGACCUUGUGAAGAUGCUGGAGGAAACAGGUACAAAAGUAUCUAUAUCCACAGUAGAACGAGUCCCACAUCGACAUAACCUGAAAGGCCGCUCAGCAAGGAAGAAGCCACUGCUCCAAAACCACCAUAAAAAAGCCUGACUAUGGUUUACAACUGCACAUGGGGACAAAGAUCGUACCUUUUGGAGAAAUGUCCUCUGGUCUGAUGAAACAAAAAUAGAACUGUUUGGCCAUAAUGACCAUCGUUAUGUUUGGAGGAAAAAGGGGGAAGCUUGCAAGCCGAAGAACACCAUCCCAAUCGUGAAGCACUGGGGUGGCAGCAUCAUGCUGUGGGGGUGCUUUGCUGCAGGAGGGACUGGUCCACUUCACAAAAUAGAUGGCAUCAUGAGGAAGGAAAAUUAUGUGGAUAUAUUGUAGCAACAUCUCAAGACAUCAGUCAGGAAGUUAAAGCUUGGUCGCAAAUGGGUCUUCCAAAUGGACAAUGACCCCAAGCAUACUUCCAAAGUUGUGGCAAAAUGGCGUAAGGACAACAAAGCCAAGGUAUUGGAAAGCCCUGACCUCAAUCCUAUAGAACAUCUGUGGGCAGAACUGAAAAGGCAUGUGCGAGCAAGGAGGCCUACAAACCUGACUCAGUUACACCAGCUCUGUCAGGAGGAAUGGGCCAAAAUUCACCCAACUUAUUGUGGGAAGCUUGUGGAAGUCUACCCGAAAAUGUUGACCCAAGUUAAACAAUGUAAAUGCAAUGCUACCAAAUACUAAUUGAGUGUAUGUAAACUUCUGACCCACUGGGAAUGUGAUGAAUGAAAUAAAAGCUGAAAUUAAUAAUUCUCUCUACUAUUAUAAAUUCUCUCUACUAUUAUAAAUAAAGUGGUGAUCCUAACUGACCGAAGACAGGGAAUUUGUACUAGGAUUAAAUGUCAGGAAUUGUGAAAAACUGAAUUUAAAUGUAUUUGGCUAAGGUGUAUGUAAACUUCCGACUUCAACUGUAUAUGUGACCCACCAAAAUAAUGUUAAACUAACACUUCUCAAAGUGUUCACAAACUAACACCCCUAGAGUGUUGGUACCUAACACCAUGGGUGUUGCAAAUUCCGACUUUAGUGUUAGGGAAUAACUCAUGUAGUGUUACAGUAUUUUUUUUGGUGGGGGAGGUUCUUUUAACGUUGUAGGUUGUAAAGCCUUAUUUGCAUAUUUCCCAGCAUGCCUUUCAAUUGAACAUGAGCGAUACCCACCCAUGACUGUGUUUGUUAUUGACAGAGACAUAGUUGUUGUAUUCAAUAACUUUUAUUCCUGAAGCCUUCACCAAGUGAGUGACUGCCUAAGUGAAUGUGUUUGAGUUAAAAGUCAACCCUUUAUAUAUUAUGCAUUUCAUAAGGCCUUUAGUUAUUGCCUUGUUAUCCUCAACAUUUUGCUCUUAAAAUCUUGGUUUAUGUGCCACAUCAGACCUGCAAGUCACAAUAAACUGGUUUGUGAAGUGAUUAUUAAUUCCUUAUGGAAUCCAGCCAGAGGGAGGACAUCCAACAAUUUGAAUAUUUUAUCACCCACAACCUGCAUUCAGAAUGACUGCUAUUGUUAAGGACACAACAAACAAGACUACCUAAACCAUCUAAACUGGAACAACCAUCUCAGUAACGGGUGCAAUAAAUCCAACCCCUUACAGAUUGGAUUAGUUUAGAAAAGUUAUUUAUCUUUGUAUAGUAUAAGAUCAAUUAAUCAGUCAAUAUGCAUGCAGAAAUAUAGAUAUUAAAACAAAUUAUUCAAAAAAUCUACCUGCAACAAAGCAUUCUGGGAAAAAUUAUAGAGGCCCCUCCCACGUCUUUUUCACUCAGAGAGUUAACGGAAAUGAACUCAACACAGUCGAGUAACAACAACACCACACAGUGUUGACUCCACUGUGAUUCAAAUAACACUUAAUUUAUUCACUAUAUGUGGGGGCAAUUUCAAUCCCACUGGUGUUAACCCCACCAGAAUCAACACUUGGGCUGACCCCAUUUAUUUGUUUGUCGAUAGGCUGUUGGUCGACCGAGAUUUCUUUAGUCGAGCAGUAGCAAAAAAAAAAAAAGUAAUGUCUGAGUGGACUAAUCCAUUGUGGAGGCUGUGGGGAUGGCACAGUCCAUCACUCUAAGACAUGUGCUACUGAAAUUGAAUAUGGAUAAGGACAAUGGUGAUAAUAAUAUUAUUUUAUAAGAAAUGCGCUUUCUCACGCGUUUGAUAGCGGUCGCUGUCCGCGGUUCAGAAACAUCAGUGUGCUGUUGAAUUGGCGCCUUUCCCUAGACCAUGUUGCUGUGUGCAUAAUAGCAAUAUUAACCAGCAUAUUGGUGUUGAGAACAAUGCGGCGGAAGCAGCAGCGGGGUUAGGAGACGAGAAAACAGCCCAUGCCUUAAUUGUCUAAGAAAAGGAGAGAGGAAACCCCAACUUAGUAGCCUAACUGUUAAAUGUGCCUGGCUUUAUUUAUCAUCCAUAUAUAUCUACAGAAACAAGACAGAUCCUGCUUCUGUUGCCUGUUUGUUUAAUAGCCUACUGAUUCCGUGAGCACCAAGCCUCAUGCAACCACAACAUGUCGGAUAAACAAUAUCGCAAAUUCGGCUAUUUUUUAUCUUUGCUAUGCUGUAAUGAAGGCUUUACACUUUUUUUGUUAGAACAGCCUUUCUGGUAUUAUUUAGCUCAGUUGGUAGAGCAUGGCGCUUGCAACGCCAGGGUUGUGGGUUUGAUUCCCACGGGGGGCCAGUAUGAAAAAAUUAAUAAAAUAAAAAUGUAUGCACUCACUAACUGUAAGUCGCUCUGGAUAAGAGCGUCUGCUAAAUGACAAAAAUGUAAAAUGUAAAUGUUGUUUACACCGUUCCAAAUUGUCAGAAAAAUAAUAUUUAUAAUAAUAACCCUCCUUUUUCUUGAUCUCCUUCUUAUUGUUAUUAUUACUACUAUUAUUAUGUUCAUCAUUAUACUAAUAAGAAAUGUCAUUAUCAUUACUAGGUUUAGUAUAGCAGCCUUUUAUAACCACCAUCGAGCUGUAGGCCUAAAUGUGCAUCCUUUUUAGUCUUAAUACCGUAACUUAUAAGCCUAUAUUUCAAUAUUUAUAUAGGCUACUGUAUCAAUCAAUCAUUACUUUAUUAAUGUCAUCACAAAGCAUACAGUGAGGGAAAAAAGUAUUUGAUCCCCUGCUAAUUUUGUACGUUUGCCCACUGACAAAGAAAUAAUCAGUCUAUAAUUUUAAUGGUAGGUUUAUUUGAACAGUGAGACAGAAUAACAACAAAAAAAUCCAGAAAAACGCAUGUCAAAAAUGUUAUAAAUUCAUUUACAUUUUAAUGAGGGAAAUAAGUAUUUGACCCCCUCUCAAUCAGAAAGAUUUCUGGCUCCCAGGUGUCUUUUAUACAGGUAACGAGCUGAGAUUAGGAGCACACUCUUAAAGGGAGUGCUCCUAAUCUCAGUUUGUUACCUGUAUAAAAGACACUUGUCCACAGAAGCAAUCAAUCAAUCAGAUUCCAAACUCUCCACCAUGGCCAAGACCAAAGAGCUCUCCAAGGAUGUCAGGGACAAGAUUGUAGACCUACACAAGGCUGGAAUGGGCUACAAGACCAUCGCCAAGCAGCUUGGUGAGAAGGUGACAACAGUUAUUCGCAAAUGGAAGAAACACAAAAGAACUGUCAAUCUCUCUCGGCCUGGGGCUCCAUGCAAGAUCUCACCUCGUGGAGUUGCAAUGAUCAUGAGAACGGUGAGGAAUCAGCCCAGAACUACACGGAAGGAUCUUGUCAAUGAUCUCAAGGCAGCUGGGACAGUAGUCACUAAGAAAACAAUUGGUAACACACUACGCCGUGAAGGACUGAAAUCCUGCAGCGCCCGCAAGGUCCCCCUGCUCAAGAAAGCACAUAUACAGGCCCGUCUGAAGUUUGCCAAUGAACAUCUGAAUGAUUCAGAGGAGAACUGGGUGAAAGUGUUGUGGUCAGAUGAGACCAAAACCGAGCACUUUGGCAUCAACUCAACUUGCCGUGUUUGGAGGAGGAGGAAUGCUGCCUAUGACCCCAAGAACACCAUCCCCACCGUCAAACAUGGAGGUGGAAACAUUAUGCUUUGGGGGUGUUUUUCUGCUAAGGGGACAGGACAACUUCACCACAUCAAAGGGACAAUGGACGGGGCCAUGUACCGUCAAAUCUUGGGUGAGAACCUCCUUCCCUCAGCCUGGGCAUUCAAAAUGGGUCGUGGAUGGGUAUUCCAGCAUGACAAUGAACCAAAACGGCCAAGGCAACAAAGGAGUGGCUCAAGAAGAAGCACAUUAAGGUCCUGGAGUGGCCUAACCACUCUCCAGACCUUAAUCCCAUAGAAAAUCUGUGGAGGGAGCUGAAGGUUCGAGUUGCCAAACGUCAGCCUCGAAACCUUUAUGACUUGGAGAAGAUCUUCAAAGAGGAGUGGGACAAAAUCCCUCCUAAGAUGUGUGCAAACCUGGUGGCCAACUACAAGAAACGUCUGACCUCUGUGAUUGCCAACAAGGGUUUUGCCAACAAGGGUUUUGCCACCAAGUACUAAGUCAUGUUUUGCAGAGGGGUCAAAUACUUAUUUCCCUCAUUAAAAUGCAUAUCAAUUCAUAACAUUUUUGACAUGCGUUUUUCUGGAUUUUUUUGUUGUUAUUCUGUCUCUCACUGUUCAAAUAAACCUACCAUUAAAAUUAUAGACUGAUCAUUUCUUUGUCAGUGGGCAAACGUACAAAAUCAGCAGGGGAUCAAAUACUUUUUUCCCUCACUGUAUGAGUCAUUCCUUAUUUGAAAUGCAAUCAAGCAUUUUAGCUUUAAAAUAAAAUAACAAAGCGAACCUUGAAUAAUUAGUGUAAACAAUAAAUAAACUGUUCCAUUUCGGCAAUUGCAUUCACGAAUGCAUGUGACUGUUUUCAGUCUUUGCUGUAAUAAAGGCUUAAAAAACAACAACAACAACAACAACAUUAAAACAGACUCUCUGGUACGCAUAUAAUGUAUUUAGUGUUAUUUACAUGGUUCCAAAUGGUCAGAAAAAUUAUAUUGUAAUCUAACAGCACCUGUUUGGCACACAUAAUAUGCACGCAGCGCUUGCUCCUUACCUUAUUUUCUUGAUCUCCAGUAUUUUACACAACUACUCAAAUUUAUUCCACACAUCUGACUUCCCCUUUACCUCCUGAGCAACCAUUAAACAUUCCCCCGUAUGGAGUUUAUUUGUCAUGUCCUCUGCAUCCAUUUUGUUGUCACAUGUGACAGUGUUUGGAGAUUGUUAUAUCCAAUUUAUUGACGUGAUUAUGAUAUGCUAUAGGUCCUAUUGGUCACGUGCAUGAGAUGCAUACAUGUGUCACGUAAAGAGAGCAAGGGUUAAGGCAAUAGGGAAUUGUUUUCCUAAACAUAACUUUUCAGUCAGAAAUGGCUGUAAUUAUGUUGCAGCUUCAGCAACCCGGACAGCGUGAUAAACACUGUUGAUGUUCUGUGGUGGUCGCUGCAGCAGGGAGGAGAGAGAGACAAUGGGUGCUAGUCACACAGUCACUAGCGGUUUUUCUUUUUACACAGUCUGAGCCCGGCCCGGCACAAUCAAAUCAAUUGCGGUCGGACUCCCUCUAGUCAUUUGUGUGUCUUAAUGAUUUCCUCAAACAGUGCACUUAAAGCAUCAGACAAGCUCAGUGCAUAUAGUUGAUUUUAUUAAAACACAUAGGAUGUGUCUAUGGAAAAAUACACGUUUAGAAAUUUUGACCAAUCGAUUGGUUGAAAGAACAGACGACUCUCGACAGCCUUAAUCAACACUCAGAUAUAACACAACACUUUUUACCUUAACACCAAGAUUCUAACACUUGUACAUUUGCUGUGUAGGCUACUUUAGGCUAUCUGAUAGGCUUAUCAGGGGCUAUACCAUGGCAAAGCAAACCAUGGCAAAGUUGAAUUACAAUCAUAAACUGAGAUUUUAAUGAAAUGAUACAGUGCCUUGCAAAAGUAUUCAUCCCCCUUGGCGUUUUUCCUAUUUUGUUGCAUUACAACCUGUAAUUUAAAUUUAUAUUUAUUUGGAUUUCAUGUAAUGGACAUACACAAAAUAGUCCAAAUUGGUGAAGUGGAAUGAAAAAAAUAACUUGUUUCAAAGAAUUCAAAAAAAUAAAUAACGGAAAAGUGGUGCGUGCAUAUGUAUUUACCCCCUUUGCUAUGAAGGACCUAAAUAAGAUCUGGUUCAACCAAUUACCUUCAGAAGUCACAUAAUUAGUUAAAUAAAGUCCACCUGUGUGCAAUCUAAGUGUCACAUGAUCUGUCACAUGAUCUCAGUAUAUAUACACCUGUUCUGAAAGGCCCCAGAGUCUGCAACACCACUAAGCAAGGGGCACCACCAAGCAAGCGGCACCAUUAAGACCAAGGAGCUCUCCGGUCAGGGACAAAGUUGUGGAGAAGUACAGAUGAGGGUUGGGUUAUAAAAAAAUAUCAGAAACUUUGAACAUCCCACAGAGCACCAUUAAAUCCAUUACUAAAAAAUUGAAAGAAUAUGGCACCACAACAAACCUGCCAAGAGAGGGCCGUCCACCAAAACUCACAGACCAGGCAAGGAGGGCAUUAAUCAGAGAAGCAACAAAGAGACCAAAGAUAACCCUGAAGGAGCUGCAAAGCUCCACAGCGGAGAUUGGAGAAUCUGUCCAUAGGACCACUUUAAGCCGUACACUCCACAGCGCUGGGCUUUAUGGAAGAGUGGCCAGAAAAAAGCCAUUGCUUAAAGAAAAAAAUAAGCAAACACGUUUGGUGUUCACCAAAAGGCAUGUGGGAGACUCCCCAAACAUAUGGAAGAAGGUACUCAGGUCAGAUGAGACUAAAAUUGAGCUUUUUGGCCAUCAAGGAAAAUGCUACAGUUGAAGUCGGAAGUUUACAUACACCUUAGCCAAAUACAUUUAAACUCAGUUUUUCACAAUUCCUGACAUUAAUCCUAGUAAAAAUUCCCUGUCUUGGGUCAGUUAGGAUCACCACUUUAUUUUAAGAAUGUGAAAUGUCAGAAUAAUAGUAGAGAGAAAUUAUUUAUUUCAGCUUUUAUUUAUUUCAUCACAUUCCCAGUGGGUCAGAAGUUUACAUACACUAAAUUAGUAUUUGGUAGCAUUACCUUGAAAUUGUUUAACUUGGGUCAAACGUUUCGGGUAGCCUUCCACAAGCUUCCUACAAUAAGUUGGGUUAAUUUUGGCCCAUUCCUCCUGACAGAGCUGGUGUAACUGAGUCAGGUUUGUAGGCCUCCUUGCUCACACACGCUUUUUCAGUUCUGCCCACACAUUUUCUAUAGGAUUGAGGUCAGGGCUUUGUGAUGGCCACUCCAAUACCUUGACUUUGUUGUCCUUAAGCCAUUUUGCCACAACUUUGGAAAUAUGCUUGGGGUCAUUGUCCAUUUGGAAGACCCAUUUGCGACCAAGCUUUAACUUCCUGACUGAUGUCUUGAGAUGUUGCUUCAAUAUAUCCACAUAAUUUUCCUUCCUCAUGAUGCCAUCUAUUUUGUGAAGUGCACCAGUUCUUCCUGCAGCAAAGCAACCCCACAGCAUGAUGUUGCCACCCCCGUGCUUCACGGUUGGGAUGGUAUUCUUCGGCUUGCAAGUUCCCCCCUUUUUCCUCCAAACAUAACGAUGGUCAUUAUGGCCAAACAGUUAUAUUUUUGUUUCAUCAGACCAGAGGACAUUUCUCCAAAAAGUACGAUCUUUGUCCCCAUGUGCAGUUGCAAACCGUAGUCUGGUUUUUUUAUUGCAGUUUUGGAGCAGUGGCUUCUUCCAUGCUGAGCGGCCUUUCAGGUUAUGUCAAUAUAGGACUCAUUUUACUGUGGAUAUAGAUACUUUUGUACCUGUUUCCUCCAGCAUCUUCACAAGGUCUUUUGCUGUUGUUCUGGGAUUGAUUUGCACUUUUCGCACCAAAGUACAUUCAUCUCUAGGAGACAGAACGCGACUCCUUCCUGAGCGGUAUGACGGCUGCGUGGUCCAAUGGUGUUUAUACUUGCGUACUAUUGUUUGUACAGAUGAAUGUGGUACCUUCAGGCGUUUGGAAAUUGCUCCCAAGGAUGAACCAGACUUCUGGAGGUCUACAAUUUUUUGGCUGAUUUCUUUUGAUUUUCCCAUGAUGUCAAGCAAAGAGGCACUGAGUUUGAAGGUAGGCCUUGAAGUACAUCCACAGGUACACUUCCAAUUGACUCAAAUGAUGUCAGUUAGCCUAUCAGAAGCUUCUAAAGCCAUGACAUCAUUUUCUGGAAUUUUCCAAGCUGUUUAAAGGCACAGUCAACUUAGUGUGUGUAAACUUCUGACCCACUGGAAUUGUGGUACAGUGAAUUAUAGGUGAAAUUAUCUGUCCGUAAACAAUUGUUGGAAAAAUUACUUGUGUCAUGCACAAAGUAGAUGUCCUAACCGACUUACCAAAACUUCUUGUUAGCAAGAAAUGUGUGGAGUGGUUGAAAAACGAGUUUUAAUGAGUCCAACCUAAGUGUAUGUGAACUUACGACUUCAACUGUAUAUCUGGCACAAUCCUAACACCUCUCAUUACCCUGAGAACACAAUCCCCACAGUGAAGCAUGGUGGUGGCAGCUUCAUGCUGUGGGGAUGUUUUUCAUCGGCAGGGACUGGGAAACUGGUCAGAAUUGAAGGAAUGAUGGAUGGCGCUAAAUACAGGGACAUUUUUGAAGGAAACCUGUUUCAGUCUUCCAGAGAUUUGAGACUGGGACGGAGGUUCACCUUCCAGCAGGACAAUGACCCUAAGCAUACUGCUAAAGCAACACUCGAGUAGUUUAAGGGGAAACAUUUAAAUGUCUUGGAAUGGCCUAGUCAAAGCCCAGACCUCAAUCCAAAUGAGAAUCUGUGGUAUGACUUAAAGAUUGCUGUACACCAGCGGAACCCAUCCAACUUGAAGGAGCUGGAGCAGUGGCUAGAUGUCAAGAUCGAGCUUCUUGGUUACAGCAGAGACAUUCAAUACCCUCCUGGAUCACGAUCCCUGCUGCCUAAAUUGUUUUGUGCAUUUUUUUGUUUUUAUAGCGCCCCUUGUGUGCACUUCCGGUAAUACCAUACACCCCGGUAUGGUACAGAAACGGUAUGACGGUAUGACAAUCUGGAUACUGCCUAACCCUAGCACAGAAUAAGGCACAAUUGGCCAAAAAAAUCUAAAUACAUUUAAGUUAGUGAAAGUGUUUCUUGCACAGAGAUUUUGAGAUCCUCUGUCCAACUGUCAUAAUAAAAAUUCUCCUGUCGGAUUUAUCAAUAAUUAUGCACAUGCGCAAAGGGAUUUAUGUACAAUCCUAGCAGUCAAACGAGUUAAAUCGACAUCCUUUGAUGUAAAAAGAUCUGUCGAGUUUAAUAAGGCCGAAUCAUAAUUUCUCUUGCGACGUAUGCAAAUUAUUUUAUUAUGUCACAUUAACUCACAAUAAUUAUUAUUUUGAUGAAAACCGAAUUUUGCUUCUGACGUCGCUACAAGUUAUGUCGACAUUCCUUCUUAAUUUGCUCGAUAACGUUAUGGAAAAAAAGUUCGACUUCUGUGACACUUCAGGGGAGGAGCAGUGAUUACGGACAUUAACAGACAGUAAUAGACUAGUUUUGUGUGGCACCCUUCGGAAACUAUAGUGGAACACAACUCUCUGAAAUACGUGUUAGUAUCCUCACUUGACAUGACAGAGAGGGGGAAACAAUACAUUUAAUAUAGCAUAAUACACACACCCAGUAUGUUCUCAGAACUUCAUGCGCCAAGUGUAGCUUUGAAUAUUUCAGUGUGGUAAUGUUCUUCACUCGGAGUCUGCUUCCCAUACUUUUAGCUUCUCAUACCCACAUUCUCAGAUUAGUCCAAUUUCCAAGCUGUCAGUGAUAUGAAACUAAGUGCUAGAUCUCAUUAUAAUCAGCCUUUGUUCCUGACUAAUCCCUCUACUGAUGCAUUACUGUAAUUACAGAUUCUCAUGUUGUCCCAUACAAUGUCAAUCCAUUGAUAAAUAUAAAACAACAAUAACAGCAAUUCAUUUGUUCUACAGGACAACUAACCAUUAUGUAGUCGUCUUCAAAUUCAAGCACUGCAAGUCACCACACCAACAAGUCACCAAGUCAUCCUUGAAGGACUCAUGUUAAGUAAAUUAUUGGUGAAGUAGGCUUGAGUCUUAUGAAAUGCCUGGAUAACCAGCCUCUCAUUAGUGUACUCAUAGACACUUUACUUGACGUAGUGGGUGGGAGACUCUUCUCCACUCUCUCAUCCAGAUGGACUCAGCCUGAAAAAGCACAGAAGUGGCUUAAGAAAGUGGUUCUACCAUUGCCUUCUAUAGGACUGCUGGCCAGGCACUGCCAGCUUGACUGGGAGGACCCACUCACACCGUACUUCGGGGGAAAUGGGAAAUGGGCGUUUCCAUAGUUUAAUAUGGUGCCUGCCAGGCAGUCAGUCGCCUGUGACUUAAGCCAAGCUUUUAGUCCCCAUAAACAAUUGGCAGACAGAUGAUGCCACACACCAUAAUUACCUAGCCAAACAACCUGUCAUUAGUUUUCACUCUAUUUUUGGAUUACCAUAUAAUCAGCCAUAUAGAAAUACAGGGGCUUAGACGACUGAUAAUACCUCCAAAGCUACAAAUUAGUGUCAGUUAUGAGUAAGGAGACAGAGGGGGGGAGCUGAUAAUGUAUUGUCUGCUGCUGGGAGCCAUAACAAUAUGCUGAAACAGCUCAUCGGAAGCCCGGGGGCGAAAACAGUCAAUUUUUGUCUGAAAUUAAAUGCUGUACGUUAACUAGGCUUCAUUAAGUUCUCUGAUAUUGUCGCUUUUUUUUUUUUACCUACACAUGGUUUAACAGGCAUAGCUUUGUUGAAAAGGAAAUAAUUUUGGAACAUUUGAAUAUGGGCAUAUAAAAAGUAUUUAAGCAAAUAAGUUCUAUGCUGAGUUGGAAGUACACUCUUAGAAAAAAGGGUUAUUCGGCUGUCCCCAUAGGAGAACCCUUUUUGGUUUCAGGUACAGUACGUGGAACCCAAAAGGGUUCUACCUGGAACCAAAAGGCUUCUACUUCGAACCAAAAAUAGUUAUUCAAAGGGUUCUCCUAUGGGGACAGCCGAAGAACAUUUACAUUUACGUCAUUUAGCAGACGCUCUUAUCCAGAGCGACUUACAAAUUGGUUCUAGAUAGCACCUUUUUUCAAAGAGUGUACUGUAUGUCAGAAGGUUUGCAAUCCACUGCAUUUAAAAGUGUAAUCUGGACAUGUACAUAUUGCUAUAUGCUAUUAGAAUGGUUUAAUUUCAGUCUAUUUCUGAGUUUAAGUAUGUUUUCUAAUGUUAAUUUGCUACAGCUCAAAACACUUUGAUUGAUGUCUAGAACCCACCAUGUUAACAUAUAAAGUUCAGCCCAGAAACCACUUCUGGUAGCUGCAGGACUCUGCUUAAUUACUGUCCCUGGGUGAAAGGGUUUAUUGAAACCUGAGGUACAUACCUGCCCUUCUAUCUUUGCUUAGAGGAGAGGAUCUGAGGUACCUACAUUUGAGAGAUGAUUUAAGCACUAAAUUACAAGUUCUUCGCUAUGUGGAUGAGCAUCAGUCAGUGAUGGAACCGAAUCCUACAUGUACUUUCUUAUUUUUUCGUUGGCAGUGUGAAUACAUGCCUGAGGCCCGAACAAAUAUCUUUAGCUUUACCCCUCUCUAACAUCACCGCUACAGUUUUAUCUAAUCAUGGUCUUUUGAGUUUCUGAGGCAUGCUAUGCAGGGACGCACAAAAGGCCAUUUAGUUUGAGUUCACAUUCUUCAUCAAAUGUUUGAAAGUAAAACCUUCAUACCGAGGCACAUAAUAAGAACCAGUUGAGUUACAGGAAAUGGGAGAGGGGAAAACAUGAGAGUAGGAGAAAUGUAGCGUCUAGACACCCCCUGUGUUUGUAAACACCUAUCUGAGUGUAACUCACACACAUGAGUCAUGGGUCAUGUUUAAGAUUAAGGACCUUCUGGCCUUAGUUAAUUAGCUUCCUAUCAUGUGAAAGGAAUCUAAAAUAAAUGUCAAGACUGAUAUGUAAGAUUUAAACAGGAUACAAUUAAAACAUGUAUAAAGUAUCUUUAGAUUGAUUGCAACAUUCUAGUGUCUCUUUUCCUAACACCCGGCAUUGAGCAUCUAGGCCUAUUUAAUUUACAGCCUAAUAUGUACAGUAGGGGCGGCAGUUUGCAAUGAUUUAUUCAUUCAUUUGAAUAUGUUAAUGUAUUCUUAUAGAAGAACAAUCUUUCUGCUAAAAUAUUUGCCACUCAGUUUUCUCUGUGUUCUUCAUUUCCCUUGCUCUCAUCCAGACUGAUCACAAAUGGGGCUGACAACCACAGCAAAUGGUCUGUGUUGUGACUGUCUGUGCAUAUCUGGUUUUAAUAGAUGAAGCAAUUGAGUAGCUCCUAUUGAAGCCGUGUUGAAAAAAGAAAGGGGCACGGGAGCAUGGAAGUCACACUGCAUUGAAAGGUUCAUUGAAUGUCCUAUAAAUCCCAGGGGGAAAUCAUAUCACUCUUUUAUAAGAUGUCCGAUUUAGCGCUGAAGUUCCAUUUGAAAUAGGACAUUCAUUUUGCCAAAGGACAGCUCCACAAUACUGUCUGAUAGUCCAUAUCGGAAAAGAAGCAGCCCAUGGCAUCCCUCUGUCAAGUAAAUGUUUUCCAGAUUGAAAACUUCAUCAGAUGGAAAUCUGUCCAAUCUAGUGGUCCUGUGUGUUGGGUAUUUGGGCAUCUGUCUUUCAUGUGUUCUAGGGCUUGAGAUGGAAGGAAAGAAAAAACAACUAUUACAUAACCCAUUUCCCGUCACGACUCGAGCAAGCAAACAAAGCAAAGCAUGCCUACUUCCUGGUGGCAGCUUAGUACUUCCUGUGUCCUAAUCAUCCCUGGAGACUUGAGUUAACAGCUUGAGUUGAGCAUUUGUCUGCUGUUCAGAAUAGCCUUGUGGUGUUUGUUUUGAUUAUAGUAAUUACUUGCACAAUUUGGCUCUGUCUGAUUUGGUCAUGUUUCUAGCCUAACAUUUUUCCUAAAGUUGCUUUGAGCACCACACCUUCUUUUUAACGAUAUAUAGACUGUCCAUAGUUCUGAUUAAGUGUUGGGAAAACAUGAGAAAUAUAUCACCUGACAUCCCAUCUCAGGAAACAGAUGUCCUGCGGUUCAACAGAGCCCUUCUUCCUCUCUCCCUCCUCCCUCCAUCCAUCCCUCCCUCCCUCCCUCUCUCCUUCCAUCAGUUCCUCUCUCCCUCCUCCCCCUUUCCUUCCAUCAGUUCCUCUCUCCCUCCUCCCUCCCUCCAUCCAUCUCUCUCCUCCCUCCCUCUCUCCUUCCAUCAGUUCCUCUCUCCUUCCUGCCUUCUCUUUUUCACAUGCACUUCAUGAUAAUGCAGAAACAAAUAGUCAACGACGGCUCUUUUUUUCUGCUGGGCUAUCACUUUCCUCCAGAGCUGUCCAGUCGGGAUGACUUUGUCAUGCUCUCCUGCCUCUCUCAUUUCCAUAUCAUGUACAGAAACGGGCCCGGGAGAUGCUUCGAGGCCAAUAGGAGAUCAGCAUCUGUACAUCUGUGCCGUGUGCCUUCCUAACAACCCUCUCCUCUACACUCCGCAGUCCAACAAGGACACGCAAACCUGGGAACAAAUAUGUUGAGCUUCACUUGCCUGACUUAGGAUGGCAUGCAAGUGUUGUAUAAUUGUGACCAAAGUGAUCAAGAGGAUGUAUGCUUGGAAUACCUCAGGGCCUCACAGGGCCAGUAGAAAUGGCACGUUUGUGAAUUGUAGUAGUUGGGUCUGUGCUCAGAUGAGGAGUAGAGUUGUCGUAUUAUUCUGACAUCUGAUUAGGAUGAGGGAAAGGGCUGGAACAUUGCAGUAACAAGCAGCUAUGUCCCAUGUUACCAUACAGACAGACACCUGUCUUCCUUUGGCCUUCCUAUCAGUGGCGGUCGGUGCCGUUUAAGAUGAUGAGGACAAUUAUUUGUUUAUGACCAUGGCCUUAUUUCUAUUACAGCGUAUUGGAUGACUGUCAUUCAUAUUCCAUUCACCCAGCUCAAUGUAAUAUCAAUAGGUUUAGGCUACUACAUGAUACAAAAAUGUUCCCUAUACCCAUCAUGAGGUUGCUACAACCUAGCCUAUGAAUGAAAGUUUACAAUGUAGGUGCACAGGUCGAAAUAUUUUUUUAUUAUCAAGGUGACAGACAGUGACACAUUCAAUACCGCCUUGCACACUCUUGGCCUGCAUCUAGCUGAUCUAGGGUGUAAUCAUUAGUCCAACAGUUGCAAACAAGAGUUUCUAUUGGACAAAUUCAGGUAUGUUUAACCCCGUUCCGUUUGUUUCCGUUUAAGAAAUGUUUUUCAACAGAAUCGGCGGAAUGAAUACACCUCUGAUCACACGCAAACACAGUUCACUUUCAUAGCAGCCACAUACAAACAGCAUGAUCACUUUGCUCGUUGUAAUUCCUUCUUACAUCUAUGCGCUCUCUUCCUCUCUCGCCUUUUCCCUUUGAUUGUGGACUUCAGUGCACAACACAUCAGCUGUCUGUGACCAGACGGAAAAACCUUUCCAAGCCAAACCUUCAUAUCAUAACCGCUAACCGCUACACACAGCCUACAUUAUUGUCACCAUAUUAGCUAACGUCAUAGUCAACAUAGCUAAUAGAACUUACGCAUUAGUAAACCCACUACAAUCAUGCAGUACAGUGUGUACAGUCAGCAAGCAGUUUAGCAGUUACACCGGCGGGCCCCGGUGGCAAUAAAUUAAUAAAACCAAAAGCUUACCUUGACUUGAAAGAGUUCCAAUGUUGGAUAGCCAUAGCCAGCUAGCUAUCAUAGCAUCACUCUCAAUUUGAGCUGGGUAUUUAAGUAGGAUAAACUAGCUAGCUGCAUUCGCUAGCUAAGUAAGUGAAAGUGAAAAUAAUACUACGAAAUAUAGCUAGCUCUCUCUCUCUCUUUCUCUCUCUCUCUCACUUUUUCAUUUUUGAAGAAAUGUAUUUGUUCAAAACUGUUCAACUAUUGUCUUUCUCUCUCUUUGAGUCAACUACUCACCACAUUUUGUGCACUGCAGUGCUAACUAGCUGUAGCUUAUGCUUUCAGUACUAGAUUAAUUCUCUCAUCCUUUGAUUGGGUGGAUAACAUGUCAGUUCAUGCUGCAAGAGCUCUGAUAGCUUGGAGGACAUCCUCCGGAAGUUGUCAUAAUUACUGUGUAAGUCUAUAGAAGAGGGUGAGAACCAUGAGCCUCCUAGGUUUUGUAUUGAAGUCAAUGUACCCAGAGGAUGACGGAAACUAGCUGUCUUCCGGCUACACCAUGGUGCUACCCUACAGAGUGCUGUUGAGGCUACUGUAGACCUUCAUUGCAAAACAGUGUGUUUUAAUCAAUUAUUUGAGGAUGUGAAUAUAUUUAGUAAAGUAAAACUUUUUUAAAUGUUUCAUCAUUUUUGUUUGCAUGAAAUUCACUGAGGUGGAUGGUCCUCCCCCUUCCUCCUCUGAGGAGCCUCCACUGCCUGCUAUCAAUUCUGUAUGGAGAGGUACCUUCAUUUUCUUCUCUCUGCUUUGUGUAGUACAGCUGUGGACUGGACAGUGUUUCCAUCCUGGACAUCUGUCUCGAAGACAAACAGACCACCACAAAGUGAGAAGGGUUCACACACCUGGGAAGAAUAGUCUGUGUGCGUCAGAAGAAUGCCAUGGUCUUUGUCUGCACUCCGCAGUGGGAGAACAAGCAACAUAUUGGACCUGGUAGGGGGCAUAGGACAGGAAGAAAAACACAAACCAGGAAUUGUGCUGAUUGCGCAUGAUGCACAUAUGAUCCCAUUCUCUCUUUAUGCAAUAUAGAUUCAAAAGCUAUAUUUUCUGUUAUUCUUACCUUAGCCCUCGAAAAAUAACUGCAGUAACACAUACUACUUGCACACAGACACUGAUACCAUACCAGCCACUGCUCAUGAAGGCAGGGAGCUAUUCAUCAUGGCCUAAAAAGGUUUUGCAGUCACACCUCCACCUUCGGUAUAAAAUCUGUCAUGCCGCAUGUUCUUUCCUAAAUCUUAUCUGAGGGGCAGGCCUGGAAUGAGGCGGUUCCCUGGGUUUUGUGAUGCUCGCUCUUCUCUGAUUGGGAGAGUAAAUCAGUCAGUGUUGUUGGGUUUCUGGGGUGUGAUUGGUUGCAUAGUGCCGUACAUGCUGCACCGAGGCAGGCUGGAUGGAGAGCUAGCUACAGUAGCCUUUCAAUGUGGAGGAGAGGUUAGAGAUGUUGAUUUAGAGCACUGCCCCUGGAAGUGAAGAUGAUGUGGGGAUGUGGGUUUGCUGUGUGUUUGGAUGGUGCAUGCAUGCAUGUGUGCGUGUGCUUUUCUCCAUAUGUUUGUGUUGGUGGGGUUAGAAGUUGUGUCUGUUUUCCCCCUCCACUGCCACCUCCCUUUCUCUGCUUAAGUGUAAUCUGCUAAUCCUGCCUUGAGUGCUGACGUCAUGGCAGCAUUAAAGCUGGAAUUGUGCUCUUUUUGUUAUAUCAUCGAUUUGCAUGUCUUCCAGUCAGCUUUUCUCUGCCUUUCAUCAUGAUUUUUAUGCCUCUUGUUCACUGAAACACUUUUAUCGCAAGUGAGGGCUGACAGACUGAAGGCAUUAUCAGGGCCAGGGUCACACAGAGUGGCAACACAGUAGGGGUCUCGUAAAUAAGAUGAACAUACAUUCCAACGAUUCUGGAAUGGAAGAAUUCCACAGUCUCUGUAUGAGAGGAAAUUCCCAAUGUCUCUGGCUACAUACUUCAGAAAAAGAACUGAAGGCCUUGGGGUAUUUCACACACACAGUACCAUUUCAAGUUUUCCUGUCGCUGAUGUUAAGAAUGUUUGGUGCAAAGAUAGAAUGUUCUGGCAUACUUUUUGUCAGACUGACGGGCCAAGGAUAUUACAUAUGGUUCACCUGGCAUUCGACCCCAACUCACAGCUCUUUGAGUCUAGGUGAAACUGAAACUCACAUAUUUGGCCUCAUCCAGGUGUUGAGGCAUCCUUUGUGUUUCUGUGAAGCUGCUGCAGUGCAGAUGGUCUGGUGUCUUGUCCGGUUAUGAAACCUGGAGGAGAGGUUCAGUCAGGACUUUUUAAGAUCUGGGGAUUUGAAUGUGUGCGUGUGGCUGACAGCCUUCUUAUGGCUGUCAUAUGGAGCGUUACCAGCAACCUCUUAUCUCUCAUCCCUCUCUUUGGGAUGUUUUGAUCUCAAUGUGAGCAUUUCCAACCCCCAGCCUCUGGCCCAAAUCUUGCUGAAAUGACGGCCUACUCAAGGGAAGUCUGUACUAACAAAACGAAACAUAAAACUUUUUGGGCCACUUAAAUCGUUGUAUUUGACUAAAUCAUUGUAUUUGACACAUUGCCUUUUUACAUCUAGAAAUGAUUGCAUGUCAAAUCAAAUCAAAUUUUAUUUGUCACAUGCGCCGAAUACAACCGUGAAAUGCUUACUUACAAGCCCUUAACCGACAAUGCAAUGUUAAGAAAAUAGAGUUAAGAAAAGUUUACUAAAUAAAUGAAAGUAUAAAAAGUAACACAAUAAAAUAACAAUAACGAGGCUAUAUACAGGGGGUACUGGUACCGAGUCAAUGUGCGGGGGCACAGGUUAGUCAAGGUAAUUGAGGCAAUAUGUACAUGUAGGUAGGGGUAAAGUGACUAUGCAUAGAUAAUAAACAGCGAGUAGCAGCAGUGUAAAAAAAAUAAAAAAUAAUAAUAAUUUAUAUGCUUGAUGUUGGUAAUUGUUAAUCAAGGAACAUCUAUUAGUUUUAUAGUUCAACCUCACAGCUCUUGUACUUGUUGUAUCUCAGUCAGCAGUGUCACAACAUUGUCUUCAAACCGCCUCAGUGCUUUUACUACUGCUUCAAGCAACCAACUUAUACAGUUGGAAGUCGGAGGUUUACAUACACCUUAGCCAAAUACAUUUAAACUCAGUUUUUCACAAUUCCUGACAUUUAAUCCUAGUAACAAUUCCCUGUCUUAGGUCAGUUACGAUCACCACUUUAUUUUAAGAAUGUGAAAUGUCAGAAUAAUAGUAGAGAGAAUGAUUUAUUUCAGCUUUUAUUUAUUUCAUCACAUUCCGAGUGGGUCAGAAGUUUACAUACACUCAAAUAGUAUUUGGUAGCAUUGCCUUUUAAAUUGUUUAACUUGGGUCAAACGUUUCGGGAAGCCUUCCACAAGCUUCCCACAAUAAGUUGGGUGAAUUUUGGCCCAUUCCUCCUGACAGAGCUGGUGUAACUGAGUCAGGUUUGUAGGCCUCCUUGCUCGCACACGCUUUUUCAGUUCUGCCCACAACUUUUCUAUAGGAUUGAGGUCAGGGCUUUGUGAUGGCCACUCCAAUACCUUGACUUUGUUGUCCUUAAGCCAUUUUGCCACAACUUUGGAAAUAUGCUUGGGGUCAUUGUCCAUUUGGAAGACCCAUUUGCGACCAAGCUUUAACUUCCUGACUGAUGUCUUGAGAUGUUGCUUCAAUAUAUCCACAUAAUUUUCCUUCCUCAUGAUGCCAUCAAUUUUGUGAAGUGCACCAGUCCCUCCUGCAGCAAAGCAACCCCACAGCAUGAUGCUGCCACCCACGUGCUUCACGGUUGGGAUGGUGUUCUUCGGCUUGCAAGAGUCCCCCUUUUUCCUCCAAACAUAACGAUGGUCAUUGUUUCAUCAGACCAGAGGACAUUUCUCCAAAAAGUACGAUCUUUGUCCCCUUGUGCAGUUGCAAACCGUAGUCUGGCUUUUUUAUGGCGGCUUUGGAGCAGUGGCUUCUUCCUUGCUGAGCGGCCUUUCAGGUUAUGUCGAUGUGGGUCUCGUUUUACUGUGGAUAAAGAUAAUUUUGUACCUGUUUCCUCCAGCAUCUUCACAAGGUCCUUUCCUGUUGUUCUGGGAUUGAUUUGCACUUUUCGCACCAAAGUACGUUCAUCUCUAGGAGACAGAACGCGUCUCCUUCCUGAGCGGUAUGACGGCUGCGUGGUCCCAUGGUGUUUAUACUUGCGUACUAUUGUUUGUACAGAUGAAAGUGGUACCUUCAGGCGUUUGGAAAUUGCUCCCAAGGAUGAACCAGACUUGUGGAGGUCUACAAUUUCUUUUCUGAGGUCUUGGCUGAUUUCUUUUGAUUUUCCCAUGAUGUCAAGCAAAGAGGCACUGAGUUUGAAGGUAGGCCUUGAAAUACAUCCACAGGUACACCUCCAGUUGACUCAAAUGAUGUCAAUUAGCCUAUCAGAAGCUUCUAAAGCCAUGACAUCAUUUUCUGGAAUUUUCCAAGCUGUUUAAAGGCACAGUCAACUUAGUGUAUGUAAACUUCUGACCCACUGGAAUUGUGAUACAGUGAAUUAUAAGUGAAAUAAUCUGUCUGUAAACAAUUGUUGGAAAAAUUACUUGUGUCAUGCACAAAGUAGAUGUCCUAACCGACUUGUCAAAACUAUAGUUUGUUAACAAGAAAUGUGUGGAGUGGUUGAAAAACGAGUUUUAAUGACUCCAACCUAAGUGUAUGUAAACUUCCGACUUCAACUGUACCAGCUGUAACAAGCUAAAUUCCUUUCAAAUUUAGUGACCAUGAUAGUGUUUUAUCACGCACUUGGACAGAUUGUAUAUUCACGCCUGAGGAAGCAUGCACCGGUAAGAAAUGUUAUUGGUUCACACUGUGCUGGAGUAGUCCUAGAGGAGUCUCUUGCCUUGCAGAAACUGUUAGAGUAGGUCACUGGAGGUCAGCUAUAUUGACCUUUGGAGGCCUGUCAAAAUCAUUGCUGUUGAUUGCUAUUAACCUGCUCCACUGGGUACUAGUGCUGUAACGCCUGGCCCUGCUGGAGGCCAACAGAUGCUCCAGGCUUGUUGCUCGCUGAGGCAUUACUCAUGCCUGACCACACUCACUAUUUCUCCCCUAAUAUUGUUUAAAUUAAUUGAAGCAAUGUUUUAGUUUGAAUACUUAUAGCUGGAUAGCUGUUUACACCGCUGCAUAAGUGUAUUGGUGUACAGUAUAGGGUGACAAUUGGUUGGAUCAUGGUUGGUGUUUCAAUUGAUUGAAGCCAUGUUUGACGUACAGAUGUACUAUUGACGUACAUAUGUACUAUCUUAAUUUGACCAGUUUCUCACAGCAGGAAAAUAAUCCUGCAUCAACAAGAAAUGUGAAUUAUUAUGUGGAUUAUAAUGAAUGGACAUUUUUGUAGGGGUUGCUCCAUUUUUAGUUAGGAUAAGUCAAGUCUGACAUUUAAAGUGGAAAUUACUGACUUAAGAAGCCUUUUUGUAAAUUCUCUGUGACAACAGAGGGAUCAAAUUAAGAUAGCACAGCUGUACUGUACAGUAUAGGGUGACAAUUUUGUGCAGUAGGUAGUGUCUGAGACGGGGAACAGAGAGAUAUAAGAAGGAAGGUUAGGGGUGUUAGGUUAACAGAGACUGACAGACCUCUCUAUGAUUCUGGUCGGUGACGUGUGGCAGCCUGGCAGCAGGACCAUGACAUGGGCACUGUGGGGUCGGGGUAGACACUAGACAGGUGGGGGUGGGCCCCAUCCCUUUGGGGCUGCCCAGGCAGGGUGCCAGAUGGGAGAUGUUAUGCCAUGGAGCCUACCGACAGGAAACUGCCAGGGCCGCGUUUGUUCCGCUGACAACCUGCAUUUCAGCCCGACCUGGGCAAGCGUACAUUCCUCAAAGUGAUAGGCUUCAGAGGGGGCCUGGUGCUCUCCCUCACACACAUACCCAAGACACACACACAUUCUCUCUUUCUCUCUCACCUCUCUGUCUCUCUAUUCCACCUUCUCUCCCGUUCUCCCGCGGUCUAGCACGUACCAUCUUUCUCUUUCUCCAUCUGUCUGUCUCGCUCCCCCCUCAGUCUUUAUUCCUUCAUCUUCCUGUAACUCCCGGUGAGGCGUGCAGGAUUCCUCCCAUGCUGAGGGGAUUAAGAGCCUGGGAGGGCAUCAGGGAUCUGAUUGGUGAGGACCUGCUCUUGCUCCUAUUGGAUGGGCUUGGGACACUGCAGCAGUGGUGGGCUCUCAGAGCCAACGGGGGAUUGGACAGGACAACAGUGGGUUCCACUGUGGUUGUGUAACUAACCUCAAAUCCAGGGAGGGACAUCCUUUAGCAUCAGGUAUGAGUUAACGAGGGAAUUCCACUGGUUUUAGAGUUAGAUUUCCACAGAUCGACAGACCCUGCUCUCUCUAAGGGUUUUGAAUCUGUGAAAAGCUUUGACUUUUGGAGCGAAGCACCGGCACUUAGAGAGGGUGGGAAAGUCAAAUGCAGGCGACGCUGCGGAGCAAACGUUUGUCACACGCUCCCGUUGCAUUUUAUAUCAGACACGCACUGCAGGGAUAUCGACCAUCUGAGGCAGCAGCAGAGGCGACACAGAGACAAUCUGACUGUCAGCUUUGUCUCCCUCAGAGGUUCGAUGGACACACUCUACCAACCUUCUAAUGUCACGCACAUAGCACCUUUGUAGCACCUUUAUGUUGUUUACUCAGUAAACAACUCAGACUCCAUUUAGAAAUCAGGAAAUGAGGAGACCUGACCUGAGGAGCGGUUUUAUGUUGUUUUGUCUCACUCCUUCUUCUCUCGUUUCCGACAGGUACUGUGGCACCUGGACAUCUUUCGCCGGAGCUUCCGGCAGUUGACCACACACAAGUGCAUGGAGGACUCGUGUAUCUUCUGUGCCUUGAAGGUAAGAGUAGAGCUGUGGGUGGAGAGAGGAGGGGGCCUGGGGGUGGAGGAGAGUUGGUUCAUUUAUUCAUCAAUGCUUUCCAGGUAAUGCCUUCCAAAUAAUGCAGAUAGAGGAUGGUUAUUUUGGUAUUGGACUGUUGCGUUUAUUUUAACAGUAAAUCUAGGAGUUUUUUCUGAAGUGACUUUUGUGGAUUUAGCUGUGCCCCCAGAGAGAUGGAUGACCAUGCCUUUCAAUGUGAAUAUUUGUAUCUCAGCAUGUGAAUUGUCAGUAACUAAGUACUCUACCCUGGUGUGGACAGGCAGUGGUUGGAUGUCUGGCCAGUGGUUAUGGAUUAUGUAAAAUAGAUUUCUCUCUGAUCUGGACAGACCGCUGAAUGUAGAUCUCUCUAUCUCUCUCACACUCCCUCUUUCUCCCCCCUUUCUAUCUCACUCUGCUCCCUCCAAUCCCCCCACUCUCACCACUCUUUCUUUUAUUAUUACAUUCCAUCUAAUGCGCAGGCACUGGCACUCUCCAUCAAACGUUCAAUAACUCAGUUGGAAAUUAGUGCUUUCCCCUGUUCCAGCAGACCUUUCUGUCCAUCUGUCUGUUUGUCUCUGUCUGUCUGUCUGUCUGUCUGUGAGCAGUGUGACAGACUCAAUGUUUCUCUCUCUGUUUCACCGUGAUGGUCCGUCUCGCUGUCUUAACAUGUCCGUGACGUCUCCUUCUCACUAUGAUUCAAUGACCAUCUCUAUAUGUCUCACCAUGACCAUGUCUGUCUGUCUGAUUGUGGUCUAUCUAACUUAGGUCUUACUCUGUACGGGACUCUUUGUCUGGCAUUCCAAAUCCCUGUCUGAUUGUCUGUUUCUUUGUCUGGCUGGCAGAACCAGACUAGCUUUGCCUCUAUGCUACUUUCAUUACACCACAAUACUCGUCCUGUGGGCCAGCAGUUUAUUUUUUCCUGGUUUGAGUCAUUGAUUCUAUCUUAAUGAAGAGGUGUCACAAACUCACACACACCAGAGGUGACAGUCGAGGCGGCGUAAAUGCCUUUUGAGUGGCUGCAGGAUGGCACUUCACACACUCAGCCGUGUGGGAUUUUUACCCCCAAAUGCAGAUUUAAUGGGCUCUUGUGAAACUGAGUGGUGUGAUCUGCGAUGCAUUAGGGCUGCAGGGCCAUCAGAGGGGUUUGAUUGUCACAUACAAAGGCAUGUCUGAUUCUUCUCCUUCGCACACGGUCUGUGGCAGGCAGGCAGGCAUGGCUUAGAGCAGCUGAAUCUGGCCAGCUGGCAGGACUUGGAGAGUGAAAGAGCCCUGUGGGUUCAACGAGGCCAUCAUUUUAGCUACCGGCUGACUAGGUCUGGUCCUUUUGACUGUGACAGGUUAGCUGAUUUCACACUAGUGUCUACUGUACCUCAGUGUGAGUCAUAGUCAUUGUAGGCGUAAGUGUACUUCUGCUGCUCCCGCUGCACUUUCUCUAUUUCACUCUUUCACUCAAUCUCCCUCUCUCUGCUCUUUCCUUCUCUUACUCCAUCUCUCUCUCCCUCCCAUUCUCUCUCCCCCUCUGCUCUCUCCAUCUCUGCCUAGGCUCCCUUUCUCUUUCCCUUACCUCACUCUGGUCUCGCUCUCUCCUCUCUUUCUCUCCCUCUCUCUUGAUGUUUCAGCCUUAUCAGAAUUCACCAGGGCUCAUUUGAGGGGUCGAUUACAGGGCAUUUCUGCCAGGCAUUUAAUUUGAGCAGAAUUAUUAGGCUAUGAUCAUUUAUCCUCUCGCUGCUGUUCUCUCUCCCUUACCUCGCCCACAUCUUCUCCUCUCCUCUCGCCCUCUCUCCUCCUUAUGCAAGAUAAAUUGAGGUGCAGCGGCAGGGCAAACGUGUGUGUGUGUGUGUGUGCGAUCGCGUGCACAACUGCAUGCACACGUGUGGGUGUUUGUGUGCCUGCAUGUGUCUGUGUCCGCUUUCCCAAUAAACUCUCACAUUGUUCAGGGUGUUUUUGAUUGAGGAAACGAAAGCACAUUAUAAUGGGCCAUCUACUCUCAGUAAAUCUAGGUUGUGUUAUGAGAUUAGUCCAUUCAUAAGGAUGUCUUCCACCUGAAUGUGUCAUGCCCUGGUGAAUAACUGAACACUCUGAAGCAGCACAGUGACAGUGAGGAGUACAAAGCUAUAAUAAUUUCCCCUAUGGCUGUUAACGCUUAUGUUUAACAGUAUGGCUGUGAUGAAGUGUUAGGGUUAAAGGGAUAAUCCACCCCCAGAAAUAAAAAUCAUGAAACUCCUGUCAAUUUGGUGAAAGCCUAUGUUCUAUCAGUGGGUAAAAUACAAUCUUCCCCCAUGAUUUAACUUCUAAGUGGUCCGCCUGAGAAAAUCAGGAAAUCAUGUAGGAACGCGUCAUAGCUAUAUCAUUCUCGUCACUGGAGAUAGGGGAUUACACACUAUCACAUUUUAGAACGCUUUUAAAACAAUUACCUGCACUCCAGAUCGCCAAAUCAACCGAUAGAUGGUAUGGCCAUCCAUCCAUCCGUUUAGAACACAUCCAUCCGUUUAUAUCGUCAUGACAGAUUAUAGAUUUUGCUUAGAGGUGCUCAAUCUGAACAGUGUACUAAAUUAUUCACCUCCGUUUCUCCUUCAAGUACCAUGUCGCAAUGCACCGUGUCUGUAGGAAACAGUGAUAUUACAGAAAGGAGGAGAUAGUAAUCCCAUUGGGCAAUGAAUGGAGAAAUGCCCCACCCAACUGACUGUCAACCAAUCGCAUUCACAUUGUCAUGCUGCGUCACGUUGUUGCUAAGCUAAUCGUCACGCAAUCUGAUUCUAAUGGAGUUUCCCCAUCUCAAAAUUAUCUCUGUGGGAAAGAAACGUAAUGCUGCUCUCGCUCUGGGCAGAGACGCCAUUUAUAUCUUAGUGUUAGAAAUGAACUGUAAGUUGAACUUGCUGAUAAAUUGUUAGUGCAGUUUGUUUAGGCGAUUUUACAGCUAGCUAGCUACUUCACAUGCUGAUAUUGACUUUGGUAUUAUUGUGUGUAGCUAUGUUUUCUAGAUAGCUAGCUACCUAGCCAGCCAGCCAGUCAGCCAGCCCAGGAAGAGAGAGAACAUUGCAUUGUGGGUUUUGUAGUAGACUUGAGCUGCAACAGAAUUUCCAAAAUGAUUUUCACAGGUUUCUACCAAUCUUGUUCUUAAGACAAAAUGAAAAAUUUGUUCACAAAAAUAUUAUUUUCACAUAUUAGUGUUAUUUAACACUUUUAACACUGUUAAUAAUAGGAAUUAGUGGUUUGGGGUGGAUUAUCCCUUUAAGGCAGCUGCAUGCUUCCCAUCCAAAACAGUUCGGAACAGUUUGUGCAUAUAUUAUGAUUACAUUUUGUGACGUUUUGUUCGUUUUGGUAUUCUGCAAGUUUUCUUUCUGGCUGUUCGUGCACAAGCCAUUUUUUCUCAAGGCAAGCCGAAGUCGGUAGCCAAAGUCUACGCCCCUUCGUCAGUGAUUGGUCAACAGUAGGGAUUCUUCAAUGAAGUGUUUGUUGUCAUUCACAACUCUUUUUCAUGCAAAUGUUUUCACUUGAGAAAUACUGCACCCAACAUCUUAGUUAGAUGUAAAAUUGUCGAGUAAGACCUCUGCAAAACUUUAUUUUUAGUUAUCUUUAUUUUGAGGAAGUGUAUACUGGCGACGGCUUCAUCAGUGUACCACUUCUCCGACAGUCAGUUCCUCCAUAGGACCCACUCUUCCGUAGGUACUGGUCCUCAAUUGUCGAACAUGUAGCACCCACCUGGGUGAUGCCACGGCUGCUGAAAAGCCACCACAUCUUGGCAGUGGGCAGCAGGUAGCUUAGUGGUUAAGAGCGUUGUGCCAGUAACCGAAAGGUCGCUGGUUCUAAUCCCCGAGCCGACUAGGUGAAAAAUCUGUCGAUGUGCCCUUGAGCAAGGCACUUAACCCUAAUUGCUCCUGUAAGUCGCUCUGGAUAAGAGCGUCUGCUAAAUGACUAAAAUGUAAAUGUUAAGAUGUACAAACAGUACUAUUGUUGCUUUUUUCUUGUUUAUCAAGCGAAUGUCUUUUAAGGGAGUAUGUGAGUACAUUCGUUUGGUUCAGCUAGGCGCCAGCUGAAACAAAGCAUGCUGACUCCUUUAGAAGGUGAACUGUGGGAGAUGGUGUUGUCUUCGAGAUGCAGGUGUUAUUUUCGUCAGCCUACAGCGUUCACUCCCAUCAUGCCAUCACCAAGACAUCACAGGUUGCCAAUAGAACCUUGCAUAAUGGGAGAUUCCAGUGUUAUGGAUGUUACAUUUGCACGCAAAAUCACAACUUUAAUGUAAUUAAAAUCACCGGCCACUAGGAGCGCAGCCUCUGGGUGAACAUUUUCUUGUUUGCUUAUGGCCCUAUACAGCUUGUUGAGUGUGGUCUUAGUGCCAGCAUCGGUUUGUGGUGGUAAAUAGACAGCUACGAAACAAAAACUAUAGAUGAAAACUAUUUUGGUAAAUAGUAUGGUCUACAGCUUAUCAUUAGUAUUUUAACUCAGGCGAGCAGAACCUUAACAGAGAACGUUUGAAGAUGAUCCGAUGUAAGGUGCAUGUUUUACAAAAACUUUCCCCAAAAACUUUAUGGAUGUUACAUUGCCUGUCCAAGUCACCCCCUCUAUCUAGACAACACUGUAGAACACGCAACCAAAUCUCAAGACACUUUGGUCUGUAUUGCUUCAUUAACAUCUCAUCUUCAUAACUAACACUGGGGGACAGCGGUGAGUGGAAAAACAAGCUCUGUGAGCCCUUUCUAAAGGCCAUGAAAUAUUAUUGACUGAAAAGCCUUUUUUGAGACUUGGCAUCCUAUUCUGUAAUGGAGACAAUUCAUAUAAUUUCCUACUUAAACUGGUCAAAUAAAGCCUGAAUUCUAACCUAUAGACCCUAAGGAUAGUUAUGAAAUGAACUUUAUUUGUGAUGGUCAGGUUGACUUUCCAAUGGAAUUGACCAUAUACUAAUCAACAAUAUACACUGCUCAAAAAAAAAUAAAGGGAACACUUAAACAACACAAUGUAACUCCAAGUCAAUCACACUUCUGUGAAAUCAAACUGUCCACUUAGGAAGCAACACUGAUUGACAAUACAUUUCACAUGCUGUUGUGCAAAUGGAAUAGACAACAGGUGGAAAUUAUAGGCAAUUAGCAAGACACCCCCAAUAAAGAAGUGGUUCUGCAGGUGGUGACCACAGACCACUUCUCAGUUCUUAUGCUUCCUGGCUGAUGUUUUGGUCACUUUUGAAUGCUGGCGGUGCUUUCACUCUAGUGGUAGCAUGAGACGGAGUCUACAACAACCCACACAAGUGGCUCAGGUAGUGCAGCUCAUCCAGGAUGGCACAUCAAUGCGAGCUGUGACAAGAAGGUUUGCUGUGUCUGUCAGCGUAGUGUCCAGAGCAUGGAGGCGCUACCAGGAGACAGGCCAGUACAUCAGGAGACGUGGAGGAGGCCGUAGGAGGGCAACAACCCAGCAGCAGGACCGCUACCUCCGCCUUUGUGCAAGGAGGAGCAGGAGGAGCACUGCCAGAGCCCUGCAAAAUGACCUCCAGCAGGCCACAAAUGUGCAUGUGUCUACUCAAAUGGUCAGAAACAGACUCCAUGAGGGUGGUAUGAGGGCCCGACGUCCACAGGUGGGGGUUGUGCUUACAGCCCAACACCGUGCAGGCGUUUGGCAUUUGCCAGAGAACACCAAGAUUGGCAAAUUCGCCACUGGCGCCCUGUGCUCUUCACAGAUGAAAGCAGGUUCACACUGAGCACAUGUGACAGACGUGACAGAGUCUGGAGACGCUGUGGAGAACGUUCUGCUGCCUACAACAUCCUCCAGCAUGACCGGUUUGGCGGUGGGUCAGUCAUGGUGUGGGGUGGCAUUUCUUUGGGGGGCCGCACAGCCCUCCAUGUGCUCGCCAGAGGUAGCCUGACUGCCAUUAGGUACCGAGAUGAGAUCCUCAGACCCCUUUUGAGACCAUAUGCUGGUGCGGUUGGCCCUGGGUUCCUCCUAAUGCAAGACAAUGCUAGACCUCAUGUGGCUGGAGUGUGUCAGCAGUUCAAGAGGAAGGCAUUGGUGCUAUGGACUGGCCCGCCCGUUCCCCAGACCUGAAUCCAAUUGAGCACAUCUGGGACAUCAUGUCUCGCUCCAUCCACCAACGCCACGUUGCACCACAGACUGUCCAGGAGUUGGCGGAUGCUUUAGUCCAGGUCUGGGAGGAGAUCCCUCAGGAGACCAUCCGCCACCUCAUCAGGAGCAUGCCCAGGCGUUGUAGGGAGGUCAUACAGGCACGUGGAGGCCACACACACUACUGAGCCUCAUUUUGACUUGUUUUAAGGACAUUACAUCAAAGUUGGAUCAGCCUGUAGUGUGGUUUUCCACUUUAAUUUUGAGGGUGACUCCAAAUCCAGACCUCCAUGGGUUGAUAAAUUAGAUUUCCAUUGAUAAUUUUUGUGUGAUUUUGUUGUCAGCACAUUCAACUAUGUAAAGACAAAAGUAUUUAAUACGAUUAUUUCAUUCAUUCAGAUCUAGGAUGUGUUGUUUAAGUGUUCCCUUUAUUUUUUGAGCAGUGUAUUUAGCCUACGUAUUAAGACUAUCAUACACUGUAGGAAAUGAGUGUUAACUUGAUAUGAAGGAUAUUUACCACCUUCCUGUUGCGGUCAAAAUAUGUGAACCCUGUGAAUUUAUAAUUUCUUUGUACAAUUCCUGUUACUCCAGAGAGAGUUACACUGUUAUUGACCGUGCUGUGUUAUUGUGUCUCUUGUUGUUUCUAGAGUAUCUUUGCCCAGUUCCAGUUCAGCAGUGAGAAGGUGUUGCCGUCUGACGCGCUCCGCAGCGCCCUGGCCAAGACCUUCCAGGACGAACAGCGCUUCCAGCUGGGCAUCAUGGACGAUGCUGCAGAGUGCUUCGUAAGAGACAGCCCCUCCCUCACUCCUCCACUCUUCCUCUCUCACCUCCCCUAUUCCUCCAUACUUACUUACCUCAUCCCUCACUUCCCCACGUGCAUUACUCUUCAUUCUUCCACUCCUGCUCUUUUUCUUUAUACAUUACUGUACAUGCUUAGCAAACAGAAGAGCUAAGAGAUCAGCUAAAAGUGAUCUCAUAGCAAAAUGCUCUAUGUUGAAACCAGACAUUUGCAGUAGCAUAACAUUUACAAAACAAUGGCAGGGCCAAGAUUUCCUUUGGCAGAACAAAGGAAAAGUUUGGGAAGUGUUUUUCACUUUGGGAUGCUGCAGUGCAGAGUUCUGUACAGGGCCUUUUCCUGAUCCCACCGACAGUAAGCAGAGUCCAUGUCACGCCCUGGCUCUGGGGACUCUAAUAUGUUGAGCCAGGGUGUGUAAAGUCUAUGUGUGUUGUUCUAGGUUUCACAUUCUGGUAUUGUGGUUCUAUGUUGGCCAGUGUGGUUCUCAAUCAGAGGCAACGUGAUUCAGCUGUUGCUUGUUGACUCUGAUUGAGAACCAUACUUUAGCAGCCUGUUUCCCCACAGAGUUUGUGGGAUCUUGUUUCGAGUCUGUUGUGUUAGACCGUGAACUGUCACGUUUUCGUUUUGUUGGUUUUGAUCGUGUCUCUAAUAAAGAGUAUGUUUGCCUGCAACGCUGCGCCUUGGUCCUCAUCUCUGUUCGACGAUCGUGACAGAAGAUCCCACCAAGACUGGACCAAGCAGCAAGUCCAGGAGCCAGCGCCUGAGAGAUCUCUAGCGGAUCUCCUUCGCCUCCUCGACUGGGUCAAGCCAUGUGAGGAAGAGAGGGGCUUGACGUGGAGGCAGAAGGGUGAAAGGCUGGCAAGGAGCAUGGAGACCUGGUCCACGGGUAGGAGUGAAGUCCAUACAUUUUUUAGGGGGGGGCUAACGCCGUGGACGACGGGGCAGCAGGAGGCCGCCAGGUUACGGGAGUCACUGGUCACCAGGGGGAAGGAGGAUGUAGAGGCACGGCGAGAGGUACUGGCGUGUGUUGCCAGUCCGGUCCGGCCUGUUCCUGAUCCCCACGUAGGGCCAGUGGUGUGUGUUCCCAGUACGGUCCGGCCUGUUCCUGCCACUCGCACCAAGUCUACGGUGCGCAUCGCCAGCUCGGCCCGGCCUGUUCCUGCUCCCCGCACCAAGUCUGUGGUGCGCGUCGCCAGCCCAGUCCGGCCCAUUCCUGCUCCCCGCACCAAGUCUGUGGUGCGCGUCGCCAGCCCAGUCCGGCCCAUUCCUGCUCCCCGCACCAAGUCAGUGGUGCGUUUCGUCAUCCCUGUCCGGCCCGUUCCUGCUCCCCGCACCAAGUCAGUGGUGCGCGUCGUCAGCCCGGUCCGGCCCAUUCCUGCUCCCCGCACCAAGUCAGUGGUGCGUUUCGUCAGCCCAGCUCGGCCCGUUCCUGCUCCCCGCACCAAGUCAGUGGUGCGCUUCGUCAGCCCGGCACGGCCCGUUCCUGCUCCCCGCACCAAGUCAGUGGUGCGCUUCGUCAGCCCGGCUCGGCCCGCUCCUGCUCCCCACACCAAGCCAGUGGUGUGCGUCGUCAGUCCGGCACGGCCCGUGCCUGUUCCACCGGUGGCUGGUCCGGCACCGGUCAGAUGCUUCACGCCGGAGCUAGAGCAAUCCGCUCCACCAGUGUGCAGUCCAGCUCCGGCCAGCGGGGCCAGACCGGACCAGGGGUACUUUGGGGGGUUGGAGAGGGAGCGGGGUUCAGGCCCGGAGCCGGAUCCGCCGCCUAAGCGGAGUGCCCACCCGGUCCCUCCCCUGUGGUGUUUGGUGGGCGCGGUCGGAGUCCGCGCCUUUAGGGGGGGGUACUGUCACGCCCUGGCUCUGGGGACUCUAAUAUGUUGAGCCAGGGUGUGUAAAGUCUAUGUGUGUUGUUCUAGGUUUCACAUUCUGGUAUUGUGGUUCUAUGUUGGCCAGUGUGGUUCUCAAUCAGAGGCAACGUGAUUCAGCUGUUGCUUGUUGACUCUGAUUGAGAACCAUACUUUAGCAGCCUGUUUCCCCACAGAGUUUGUGGGAUCUUGUUUCGAGUCUGUUGUGUUAGACCGUGAACUGUCACGUUUUCGUUUUGUUGGUUUUGAUCGUGUCUCUAAUAAAGAGUAUGUUUGCCUGCAACGCUGCGCCUUGGUCCUCAUCUCUGUUCGACGAUCGUGACAGUCCACCUGGCCUCCAAACUACCACAAAGAAACAAACGGGCCUGCGCUCCUCCACUGGCCAUCCCUCCUUCUCCCCUCUCAAAGCGGAGUUUGUAAAGAAUCAUUUAUUUCCCCCUCACUGGCUCAAUGUAUAACAACGGCGUUGGGCAGCCAGCCAGAGGGUUGUUCCUUACCCUGUAUCCCUCUCUGGACCUAUUGUCUCCACUCCACCUCUCUUCCCUCUCUCCUGUCUCUCCUCUCUCACCCUCUCCUGCUUGUGUAGCAGCCCUUAUGUUCUGCUGACAACCAGGAACAUACAGAAACUGCAACGUGGGUUGUUUUUUAUUCGUAUUAUUUGAGGUGUUUGGCUGCGGCUGCAGUCCGGAGGCAGUGGGAUGGAGGGCCGGGGCAGAUGCUAACUGUAGACUGGACCCUCCCCCUGGAGACCCUCUCUCUGCGGUGCUGCAGCUUAUGUGUGCAGAUCUCUGCUGUGAUCCCACCGCCCAGAGGGCUCCUGCCUGCAGUUAGAGUGAUAAAUCAACCAGUAAAUUAGCCCAGUAUAGCCGACAAGAGCCUCUGUGCUUCACUGGACUUCAGUGAUAUACGUUUUCUCAAGUUUUUGCCAAAAUGAUAUUUUCUUUGUGUGUUGGCUUUGUCGUGACGUUGGCUUUGUCGUGACGUAGUAGCGUGAUUAAGUAAAAACAUAUAUGUGGACAAGCACACACUUGCGUACAUACACAAUUACACAAAAGAACGGGCAUAACGCUAACAUGACUGUCUCUACCUGUUGCCCCCACAGGAGAAUAUUCUAAUGCGGAUCCAUUUCCACAUCUCAGACGAGACCAAAGAGGACAUCUGCACAGCCAAGCACUGCAUCCCACACCAGAAGUUUGCCAUGACACUCUUCGAACAGGUGAGCACAAACACAAGCCUCAGCCCAAUCACAAGCCUAAGUACCUUCUUUAUAUUAUCACAGUCAAUCAAUUUUGUUUUCAUCUCAGAAUUGAUCCGCCCAUCCAUUCCUAUUUUCAUUAACUGAAGUGAAGCCAUCUCUGCUUAUCUUAGUCGCGUAACUUUAUAUGUGUGUGUGUUUGCAGUGUGUGUGCAGCAGCUGUGGGGCCUCCUCUGACCCACUGCCCUUCAUUCAGAUGGUGCACUACAUCUCCACCACCUCCCUCUGGUGAGUAACCCUCUGACUGGGGAAACCGCACUGGACCGACUGGUUCUGACUGGUACUGACUAGCUCUGACUGGUUCUGACUAGUGUUCUGACUGGUACUGACUAGUUCUGACUGGUUCUGACUAAUGUUCAGAUUUGUUUUCAGGGGUUCUGGCGGGCUCUGACAAGUUCUGAUUAGUUAUAACUUGGCUGGGUAGAUAUGACUCAAACCAUGCAGUUAAUUAACUAACACCAUACAUAGGGGCACAUUAGGUGAAUACUUUUAUACAAAAGUGAAAAUUAAUGGACACUGCUCUCCAAUUGAAAUAUGCUCCUUUCACUUCAUAAAUAGACUAAAUGAAAAACCUUUUCCGGUCUCUUUUACGCAGAGCAGAAAAUGUACGCUCUUUCGGCCCAGAGACCGUGAAUUACACCAUUGUGACCGAAAAUGCUUUCUUUCUCCUCCGCUAAAGAGAAGUAACACGCCAGGUUAGAUAUCAGGUCGCCUAGGAACGGGUAAUAGCUCUCUUAUUCUUGGGGUUAUGAGCUGUCAGCAACACCUCUCUGGGCUGUGGGAGGAGAAUCAUCCCUCUGUUAGGCUACAGACCAGCUGUAGUGAACCAGGGGCAGCCUGCCCGCCUGCCUGCGUCUCCAGCUGUAGUGAACCAGGGGCAGCCUGCCCGCCUGCCUGCGUCUCCAGCUGUAGUGAACCAGGGGCAGCCUGCCCGCCUGCCUGCGUCUCCAGCUGUGUGCUGUAGCCAGUCAACCCAGAGGGCUUGUUAUGUUGUGAGCAACCUUCUUAUGCAAAAGUGAUGAAAUGUCUCCGUUAAUAUUUCAUGAGAUGAGUCUGGUAUUUGUUCUGUAUGGGCUCUAUCUGAUUCUUCAACGUUGUUCUGGCCCACAUAUAAGCCCAAAAUCCCCCAACACAAGCCUCUCUCUCUCUCUGUCUUAGAGAAACACACACAUACACAAACACACUCUCCACAAACCCCUCAGAGGAGUAUGUUGUAUCCUGACAACGGUUUAUUUGCCAAUAACAAAGGUCUGUCUCCUGAGACCUAGUCAUCUCUCCUGCACCAGAGCACAGAGAAAAGCUACAGUAUAACCCUGGAGUGUCUUUGAGGUGUGCACCUCUAUAGGUGGAGAGAGCUCCCCAGAGACCUAGAGAGAAUGGGAAAGGACAAAGUCACCUUUAAAAAAAGGUCAGUUAAGAACAAAUUGUUAUUUACAAUGACGGCCUACACCGGCCAAACCCAGACGACGCUGGGCCAAUUGUGCUCCGCCCUAUGGGACUCCCAAUCACGGCCGAUUGUGGUACAGCCUGGAAUCGAACCAGGGUGUCUGUAGUGACACCUCAAGCACUGUGAUGCAGUGCCUUAGACCGCUGCGCCACUCAGGAGCAGUAACCUUGUAGAUUAGUGCCCUGCAGUGAAUGGCAGUGCUGUCUCACAUGAACAGUAUCAGCAGUGUUAAGGCUGUGGCUGUAUGUCUGUCUUUUUGUAGGACGUCUUUAUCGAAAGUGUUUUUAUCGAAAAGUGACUUACAUUUAACACACUCUGUAUAUGUGGCCCAUAGGUCACACCCACAACCCCGGUGUUGCAAGGACUAGAUGUCUGAGUGAGUGUUGUCUCAUACUGUAGAUGUCUGAGUGUCAGUGUUCUGUGUGUCUCUGCUACAGUAACCAGGCGGUGAGGAUGUUGGAGUGUAGAGACAAGCCCACACCAGACAUGUUUGGAGAGUUGCUCCGCAACGCCAGCACCGUCGGAGACCUACGCAACUGUCCGGUGAGUUUUGCAGAGGCGUAUGAGGUUAAUCCGAGGAAUGAUUAUUGCUGGUUGAAAACUUAACCCAUACUAGCACACUAUACCUUACCAUACCAUAGACCAGGGUGUCCCAACCACCGGGCCCCGGACCGGUACCGAGGCCGCAGAGUGUUUGCUAACAGGCCACCGGGCCUUGGCAUAAAAAUAAGAAUAUAGAUUUCUCCCCUAGCACACGGGACGGGUAAUCAAUUAACUCACCGCAGCCCAUUCUGCGAGCCAGUCGCUAAUUUCUUACUCCCUGAAGCAUAGAAAUAACACAUGCUGAUUGGAUAUGCAUCAAGUCUCUUACAUUCUAUAAUUAUAAUAUAAUAUGCCAUUUAGCAGACGCUUUUAUCCAAAGCGACUUACAGUCAUGUGUGCAUACAUUUUUAGGUAUGGGUGGUCCCGGGGAUCGAACCCACUACCCUGGCGUUACAAGCGCCAUGCUCUACCAAUUGAGCUACAGAGGACCACAAUACUGACAGUAGCCACCUAAACUUUUCAAUGUGAGAGUGCCGUUGUAGUUACAGUAGCAAGUUUUACAUGGACAUGGAUGAUAUGCAAUUUCCAAAAACAUGAAUGUCACAGCAUUCUACACUGAACAAAAAUAUAUACACAAAACAUGUAAAGUGUUGGUCCCAUGUUUCAUUAACUGAAAUAAAAUAUCCCAGAAAUGUUCCAUACUCACAAAAAGCUUAUUUCUCACAUCACUGUUAGUGAGCAUUUAUUUGCCAAGAUAAUCCAUCUAUCUGACAGGUGUGGCAUAUCAAGAAGCUGAUUAAACAUCAUGAUCAUUACACAGGUGCACCUUGUGCUGGGACAAUAAAAGGCCACUUUAAAAUGUGCAGUUUUGUCACACAACACAAUGCCACAGAUGUCUCAAGUUUUGAGGGAGCGUGCAAUUGGCAUGCUGACUCCAGGAAUGUCCACCAGAGCUGUUGCCAGAGAAUGUAAUGUUAAUUUCUCUAUCAUAAGCCGCCUCCAAUGUUGUUUUAGAGAAUUUGGCAGUAUGUCCAACCAGCCUCACAACCGCAGACCACGUGUAUGGCGUCGUGUGGGCGAGGGGUUUGCUGAUGUCAAUGUUGUGAACAGAGUGCCCCAUAGUGGCGGUGGGGUUAUUGUUUGGGCAGGCAUAAGCUAUAGACAACGAACACAAUUGCAUUUUAUUGAGAUACCGUGACGAGAUCCUGAGGCCCAUUGUCGUGCCAUUCAUCCGCCGCCAUCACCUCAUGUUUCAGCAUGAUAAUACACGGAUCUGUACACAAUUCCUGGAAGCUGAAAAUGUCCCAGUUCUUCCAUGGCCUGCAUUCUCACCAGACAUGUCUCCCAUUGAGCAUGUUUGGGAUGCUUUGGAUCGACGUGUACGACAGCGUGUUCCAGUUCCCGCCAACAUCCAGCAACUUUGCACAGCCAUUAAAAAGGAGUGGGACAACAUUCCACCGGCCACAAUCAACAGCCUGAUCAACUCUAUGCGAAGGAGAUGUGUCGCGCUGCAUGAGGCAAAUGGUGGUCACACCAGAUACUGACUGGUUUUCUGAUCCAUGCCGCUACCUUUUCUUUAAGGUAUCUGUGGCCAACAGAUACAUAUCUGUAUUCCCAGUCAUGUGAUAUCCAUAAAUUAGGGCCUAAUGAAUUUAUUUCAAUUGACUGAUUUCCUCAUAUGAACUGUAACUCAGUAAAAUCUUUGAAAUUGUUGCAUGUUGCGUUUAUAUUUUUGUUCAGUGUAUUGCAUUUAUAUUCACCACAUAUUAUUGCUUAUGGUGGUGAAAAUUGUCUGAUUAUUCAUAUGUCCUGUAGCCACCUUUGGGUUAUUCUUCAGUCAAGGAAAAUAAAUGUACUCUCACACAUGCGCAUGCACAGACACACAAUCUAACUGAGGCUUGUAUUGAGUGUUGGCCGACUGGUUCAGCGGAACUCCAUGGCUUCUAGAGUGGCAGUAAACAACAUUCGGAGUCCUCAGUGCUCCGACUGUAAUAUCUCUGGGUUAGAAACUGAACUGAAAGGACCAGGGUGGCUCAACAUGAGCAGCUCAAAGUAUUAGCUUUGAAAAUGUAACCCAUAUGAAAUCUCUGUCAGACAUGACUCUUAUUAUUCUGAUACUCCCUUCCAGCUUUAUCUUAUCAAACAUUAAAGCCUCUAAAGUACCAUAAGGUAAACAUUAGAGUCUACAUAAAUAUAACGAGCUCACACAGUGUUGUACAAAUUAGAAAUUUUUCAGAACUGUAUUUUUUUCCCACUAAGUAUUGGCUGACUCUGAGGCUUCUACCGCUGGUCUGUGUGUGAGAAACCCCAGUGCUCUCAUGUUCUCUGAGAAAGUCUCCUCUGUUUAUGGCAAAUUUGGCGUGUGCACAAUCGCUGCCUUCAGGGGGCCUGCCGCCUGCCUGUUUCCAGCCUCACUUCUGGGAAACGAGGUCAAGAUGGCAGGUGCAUGCGGUGACAUGCGUCCCUCUCCCCACGCAAACACACACAUACAAACACACACAGACACACAAACACACACAUACAAACACACACAUACAAACACACACAUACCGCUCUGGCCAAAUCAGCUCUAUGAAAGGAGUCCUGUGGUAACCUUCUCUUAAGGACCCCCACAUGCUGCUAGGCCCAGUGUGGCCCAGUGUGUGGGUAGAGUGUAUGUGUAAAGGAAGGUUGGCUCUCUGUGACAGGCAUAGAAGUGACACUUGAAUUGGGGGAUGUCAUUGUCAGGACUUGGCCUACAGCCAGCUGACCUUUUCAGACACAGCUCACUGUGAGGGCUGCCUUGAAAUGAACCAUCGUCAAUGCUGAACUAGCUAAAUGGAUAAAGAUCACUGUCCACUCAGUACGUAAUGAGUCAUGGUAGACUUUGCUUGAGGAUUUUUUUGUUUGUUAGAUGAUUUUGUGUUUAUUUUUGUGAUUUAUUACGCUCAAUUUACCUUCUGUCUCUCCCAUUCCAUCUCUUGCCCCCUACCUUUCUUCUCCCCCCUCCUCUUCACACACUCUCUUCUUCCCUCUCUCUCCUUCUUCCCUCUCUCCUCCUUCCCUCCCUACCUUCAGAGUAACUGUGGGGAGAAGCUGCGUAUCCGUCGGGUGCUGAUGAACUCUCCAGAGAUCAUCACUAUAGGUCUGGUGUGGGACUCUGACCACUCAGACCUGGCAGAGGAUGUCAUCCACAGCCUGGGCACCUGCCUGCGCCUGGGGGAUGUAAGACACAUGCGCACAUGCGCACACACAAACACACAUACACAGAGACACACACACUCACUCUUAAAGUUUACUUUACAAGAUGCCACAAAGUUAGACUGUACUGGGUUUGCAUGUGCUGUAAUGUUUCUAGCCCCUGCCACCAUCCAUCUGUCCUCUCCCUGUCCCCCACAGCUCUUCUACAGAGUGACUGAUGACAAGGCCAAGCAGACAGAGCUCUACCUGGUGGGCAUGGUGUGUUACUACGGCAAGCACUACUCCACCUUCUUCUUCCAGACCAAGAUACGCAAGUGGAUGUACUUUGACGACGCACAUGUCAAGGAGGUAAAAAACGAAUACCAAAUCGACCCGGGUGAAAGGCUCCAGAAGUUGCCCUUAUCCACAGAUCUAGGAUUAGAUUACUUUACCCCUAAUUCUAACCAUAACCAUUAUGAUGAAAAAAUAUCUGACCCUGUGUCAGUGGUUAGGGGCAACUUUUACCUACUCUGUGUUAGGCAUGGGCAUGAGUAAUCGAGUACUCGAACGGACGUCAAAGCUCAAUCUUCAACCAGAGGUCUAAUUAUUUUCAAAUACUGUAAAACUAUUUGGUGGAAUGUGCUUUGUGGCUGCCUGAACGGCCAAGUAAAAUUCUGUCUUGAAGACAAUGUUACUUUGCUUUACAUCACACAGUUCUUCUCCCUAAAUUCCCUUUCCCCUCUGUGUCUUAUUCACUCAAUUGCAUUCCGACCGCUCCCUACACACCCGUGCUGAGUGCGCACACAAGCUCCCGUUAGGCCUACAGAAAUAAAUACCUAUAAAACGUAUCUAACUGAUAGGAUACACAAACUACAUUCCUUGAGAAAUGAUGACAGUUUUAUCAUUAAUUCUAACUGGACUGCUUGAUUGAAGUAGGAAAAUAUGUGUUCCAACAACGAGCUUCAGUUUCUGAAUAAUUGCGUCCUGUCUAUUUUCUGCUUAGGCUACUUUGCGAACUGCCAUUUAGAGUUGGUUAGCCUAGGCUAUAACUCCCCUAAACAUAGACAGGUUCCACACUGAAAAUACGCAAAAACAUUAGUUUGAUAAAGACAAAGAGCAUAUUUUCCUCAGAAUCAUUAAGCAUAGGCCUAACUCACCAAACAGAUGGCAUUGCCAUGCAGUGUUCAAUGUGAAAUUGUUAAUCUAUUUACAAAAUUCCAAAGAACAGGCAGAAUAAACUAAAUCGAAUGUAUGUAUAUCGAAAAGAAAACAGAUUUUGGUUUGUAACCCAGAAUUCUUUCUUCUUUCAACUCGCCAAAUUGAGCCCUGCUUCAAAUGAUCACUUUUUGAGAAUAACCGUUCCAGAUUCGAGAUGCGCAUCACUUCGCACUGGCAGCUUUUUUCAUUUGGAAAAAUAUUCUGUUAUAUUACAUCAUGUUUUUUACUAUAAAAUAGGUGUCUUGACUGUGAUAAGGGCUUGGGAAAUAAGACCGUCUUGUCUGCUAAAUUAACGAAACAAAGCUAUGCCAUUGCACAGCCAUAGGCUUCUACAAGCAAGCACCACUGCUGAGGUCACUGCCUUUUUGAAGAUUGUGUUCCACUAUAUAAUAUAACCAGUUGAUAUUACGGUUUCAAUAAAUUAAUCUUAAAUAGCAAUUGCUUUUUUAUUGACUACAUAUGUAUGGUGCAAUUUAGCAAUUAGGAUUUGUUAUCUCUAAUAGUUAUGAUAAAUUAGGCAUUGUUGCGUACUGUUGGUAUAGGCCUAUAGAUACAGUGGCUUGCGAAAGUAUUCACCCCCCUUAGCAUUUUUCCUAUUUUGUUGCCUUACAACCUGGAAUUAAAAUUGAUUUUUUGGGGGUUUGCAUCAUUUGAUUUACACAACAUGCCACUUUGAAGAUGCAAAAUAUAUUUUUUUGUGAAACAAACAAGAAAUAAGACAAAAAAACUGAAAACUUGAGCGUGUAUAACUAUUCACCCCCCAAAGUCAAUACUUUGUAGAGCCACCUUUUGCAGCAAUUACAGCUGCAAGUCUCUUGGGGUAUGUCUCUAUAAGCUUGGCACAUCUAGCUACUGGGAUUUUUUCCCAUUCUUCAAGGCAAAACUGCUCCAGCUCCUUCAAGUUGGAUGGGUUCCGCUGGUGUACAGCAAUCUUUAAGUCAUACCACAGAUUCUCAAUUAGAUUGAGGUCUGGGCUUUGACUAGGCCAUUCCAAGACAUUUAAAUGUUUCCCCUUAAACAACUCAAGUGUUGCUUUAGCAGUAUGCUUAGGGUCAUUGUCCUGCUGGAAUGUGAACCUCCGUCCCAGUCUCAAAUCUCUGGAAGACUGAAACAGGUUUCCCUCUAGAAUUUCCCUGUAUUUAGCGCCAUCCAUCAUUCCUUCAAUUCUGACCAGUUUCCCAGUCCCUGCCGAUGAAAAACACCCCCACAGCAUGAUGCUGCCACCACCAUGCUUCACUGUGGGGGGGAUGGUGUUCUCGAUGUGAUGAGAGGUGUUGGGUUUGCGCCAGACAUAGCGUUUUCCUUGAUGGCCAAAAAGGUCAAUUUUAGUCUCAUCUGACCAGAGUACCUUCUUCCAUAUGUUUGGGGAGUCUCCCACAUACCUUUUGGCGAACACCAAACGUGUUUGCUUAUUUUUUUCUUUAAGCAAUGGCUUUUUUCUGGCCACUCUUCCGAGUGUACGGCUUAAAGGGGUCCUAUGGACAGAUACUCCAAUCUCCGCUGUGGAGCUUUGCAGCUCUUUCAUGGUUAUCUUUGGUCUUUUUGUUGCCUCUCUGAUUAAUGCCCUCCUUGCCUGGCCCGUGAGUUUUGGUGGGCAGCCCUCUCUUGGCAGGUUUGUUGUGGUGCCAUAUUCUUUCAAUUUUUUAAUAAUGGAUUUAAUGGUGCUCCGUGGGAUGUUCAGUGUCUGAUAUUUUUUUAUAACCCAACCCUGAUCUGUACUUCUCCACAACUUUGUCCCUGACCUGUUUGGAGGGCUCCUUGGUCUUCAUGGUGCCACUUGCUAGGUGGUGCCCCUUGCUUAGUGGUGAUUCAGACUCUGGGGCCUUUCAGAACAGGUGUAUAUACAGUGGGGGAAAAAAGUAUUUAGUCAGCCACCAAUUGUGCAAGUUCUCCCACUUAAAAAGAUGAGAGAGGCCUGUAAUUUUCAUCAUACGUACACGUCAACUAUGACAGACAAAUUGAGAGAAAAAAAUCCAGAAAAUCACAUUGUAGGAUUUUUAAUGAAUUUAUUUGCAAUUUAUGGUGGAAAAUAAGUAUUUGGUCACCUACAAACAAGCAAGAUUUCUGGCUCUCACAGACCUGUAACUUCUUCUUUAAGAGGCUCCUCUGUCCUCCACUCGUUACCUGUAUUAAUGGCACCUGUUUGAACUUGUUAUCAGUAUAAAAGACACCUGUCCACAACCUCAAACAGUCACACUCCAAACUCCACUAUGGCCAAGACCAAAGAGCUGUCAAAGGACACCAGAAACAAAAUUGUAGACCUGCACCAGGCUGGGAAGACUGAAUCUGCAAUAGGUAAUCAGCUUGGUUUGAAGAAAUCAACUGUGGGAGCAAUUAUUAGGAAAUGGAAGACAUACAAGACCACUGAUAAUCUCCCUCGAUCUGGGGCUCCACGCAAGAUCUCACCCCAUGGGGUCAAAAUGAUCACAAGAACGGUGAGCAAAAAUCCCAGAACCACACGGGGGGACCUAGUGAAUGACCUGCAGAGAGCUGGGACCAAAGUAACAAAGCCUACCAUCAGUAACACACUAUGCCGCCAGGGGCUCAAAUCCUGCAGUGCCAGACGUGUCCCCCUGCUUAAGCCAGUACAUGUCCAGGCCCGUCUGAAGUUUACUAGAGUGCAUUUGGAUAAUCCAGAAGAGGAUUGGGAGAAUGUCAUAUGGUCAGAUGAAACCAAAAUAUAACUUUUUGGUAAAAACUCAACUUGUCGUGUUUGGAGGACAAAGAAUGCUGAGUUGCAUCCAAAGAACACCAUACCUACUGUGAAGCAUGGGGGUGGAAACAUCAUGCUUUGGGGCUGUUUUUCUGCAAAGGGACCAGGACGACUGAUCCGUGUAAAGGAAAGAAUGAAUGGGGCCAUGUAACGUGAGAUUUUGAGUGAAAACCUCCUUCCAUCAGCAAGGGCAUUGAAGAUGAAACGUGGCUGGGUCUUUCAGCAUGACAAUGAUCCCAAACACACCGCCUGGGCAACGAAGGAGUGGCUUCGUAAGAAGCAUUUCAAGGUCCUGGAGUGGCCUAGCCAGUCUCCAGAUCUCAACCCCAUAGAAAAUCUUUGGAGGGAGUUGAAAGUCUGUGAUGCCCAGCGACAGCCCCAAAACAUCACUGCUCUAGAGGAGAUCUGCAUGGAGGAAUGGGACAAAAUACCAGCAACAGUGUGUGAAAACCUUGUGAAGACUUACAGAAAACGUUUGACCUGUGUCAUUGCCAACAAAGGGUAUAUAACAAAGUAUUGAGAAACUUUUGUUAUUGACCAAAUACUUAUUUUCCACCAUAAUUAGCAAAUAAAUUCAUAAAAAAUCCUACAAUGUGAUUUUCUGGAUUUUUUUUCCUCAUUUUGUCUGUCAUAGUUGACGUUUACCUAUGAUGAAAAUUACAGGCCUCUCUCAUCUUUUUAAGUGGGAGAACUUGCACAAUUGGUGGCUGACUAAAUACUUUUUUUCCCCACUGUAUACUGAGAUCAUGUGACAGAUCAUGUGACACUUAGAUUGCACACAGGUGGACUUUAUUUAACUAAUUAUGUGACUUCUGAAGGUAAUUGGUUGCACCAGAUCUUACUUAGGGGCUUCAUAGCAAAUGGGAUGAAUACAUAUGCACGCACCACGUUAUUUAUUUUUUAGACGUUUUUGAAAGAAGUUAUUUUUUUCAUUUCACUUCACUAAUUUGGACUAUUUUGUGUAUGUCCAUUACAUGAAAUCCAAAUAAAAAUCCAUUUAAAUUACAGGUUGUAAUGCAACAAAAUAGGAAAAACGCCAAGGGGGAUGAAUAAUUUUGCAAGGCACUGUAAUUGCGCACAUAUUUUUUUCACAGUGUGGGCCUUGUGUUUUAAAUAUGUAUUUUGAGAACUCGAACAGUCAAAAAAUGUCAAAUGCCCAUCCUAACUCUGUGUGAAUGUAUUUUUUGAAUGUUUACUGCGUAGUUUCUGUGUUUGUAGUAAGAAAUCAUACAAGUUGUGUUUGGCUAUGCUGUGCUCCUCACUUGGAUGAUGUUACUGUGAGAUGAACAUGAGCUAUACAGGUGUUUUUUCAGAAUCCUCUCAGAUAUGAAUCCUCCAUCUUAUAUGUUAAUGUCUCUGUCUCUCUGUCUCUCUCUCUCUCUCUCUCUCUCUCUCUCACGUUGCUGUGUCAAGAGGGAGAGGAUAUUAAUCUUUUAACAGCGAAAUACCUAAUGUUUUCUUUCAUUGCUAAACAGUGGCCUGGCCCGUCGGCUCUAUUCUAAGCCCUCUGUCUCUCUCUGUGUGUGUUUAUUGCUCAUUUCACCGCAGCGCCAUUAGUUUACGUUGACUCACUGACGGGCUGGGGGUGUUUUUGUUCCAUUUUUUAUCUGUGACAUAGUUGUCAUGACAGCCAAAGGAAGGAUGGUUGUCAUAGGAGUAGUUUAGUUUAGGGGCAAUUUCACAGUAACGGAAUUACGCUGAGACUGCUUUGAACAAUUUAUACAGUAAAACAAAAAAAAUACAUUUACUGGAAAGUUCCAUUUACAGUUCUUCCUGUAAAUGGGUUUUUGUCAAAUGUUCAGUGGAAAUUGUUAAAAGUGGUCCUUGUGCAUAGAGUUUUCUAUAGUUUGUUAAACUUUGAAAUCAAUGGUUUUUGUUUGGUAUACAUUUUAAAGUGAAAAAUAUCAGCGUAAUUCUGUUACCAAUGGAAUUGCCCUUAGUCAACUUUAUUAUCCUACGGUGGAUAUUCACGCCAUACAAAAAUGACAAUAUAAACAACAAUCAACAUGUAUGUACAGGUAUUCAUGCAGAGAAACAUGUAACCUGCCACAGUCUUUAUCAUGGACAAUGAGAGGUCUGCAGAGUUUCUGAGGACCUCAAAGCCUGUCACAUGAGGUCAAAUGGAUGAACUCUGAUUGGUGGUUCACACUUCAGCAGUGUUGUGACCAGUCAUGGGUGUGAGUACUGAUUGGCUUCUCCUGAAGUUCCAGGUCAGGUCCCCUCUCCCAGUGUGACGAGGUGUGUGAGCAACGAGCAGAGGCGUUAGUUAGUUAGUUCCACACGCCUGGCCUGCUGACCCAGCUGUGGUGUAUCUUUCUCAGCCCCUCUCCUGGGGGGAGGAAAUGACACACAGCUCUGUGGGCACCGGGCCGCCCCCCCCCCCCCCCCCACCCCCCCCCCCUCCCCACUGCUCUGGCUCUCUGCUAUCUUUUUCCCCUCUUCUCUCUCUACCAAGUCCUCCCCCCUCCCCCACUGGUCUGGGUCUCUCUCAUCUCCUUUCUGACAUCCCUUCUUCCCUUUUCCCCCUCCUCUAUCCUUUAUCUUCUCCCCACUUUUCCCAUCUCCCUUCUCUCCUCUCUAUCCUAUCAUUGCUUUAGUCUCAUAAUGGCUGUGCUGUACAUUCACUCCUGGACAGUUGCACACAACGCAGCUCUCUCUCUCUCUCUCUCUCUCUCUCUCUCUCUCUCUCUCUCUCUCUCUCUCUCUCUGUGUGUGUCUCUGUCUGUAAAGCCGGUACAUGAGCCAGUGAGGGUUUGAACAAAAGUGGCCUGAAAACAAGGAUAUCCUUCCAUUGUUUAUCUGGACAGGAGGGCGUGGCCAAUACAGAGCCAGAGCACAGCGACCACCACUGUAGACACACACACACACACGUACACACUUUGCUGAUACGUCGGUGUUGUGCUGUUACUGAUUCCUGUGCUGAGUGAGAGCAGAGCGUUCAUCGUACGUUUGGAAAACCAGGUUGAGGUAAGAUGGGGUUGGAAAAUGGGAGGGAAAGACUUCGCUUGAUAACAACUUCCCUCCUGACUCUUUUGGUUCCCUCCCCUCUGGCGCUUACAGAGUCAGUUAAUGUUAGCCAGUAAAUAUUGGACUGUAAAUGUUGUCUUGACUAACUCUCAUUCUUAUGUGAGCUCACUCGCAUCGCUCUGUGUGUAAUUUUCUGGAUGUUUCUCUUUCCCAACAGUUUGAAAUUCACAUUAGGGAUGAGCUGAAUACUCACAUCUAACCACCAUUAUUUUGAGUUCCCUGGAAAGUUGUGACAGAGUUUCCUUCUCUUCCUGGUAGAUUGGACCCAAGUGGAAGGACGUGGUGUCACGGUGCAUCAAGGGCCACUACCAGCCCCUGCUACUGUUAUACGCUGACCCCCGGGGGACGCCCGUGUCAGUGCAGGACCUGCCCUCCCGCCUGGACCUGCACCACUUCAACAAGGCUUACUACGACAGCGAGGACUCGGGUACGAGACGCCUCGCUUCACACAAGAUCAGUGCUACACACACAGGAUGGCUGUUACAUACUACACCUGGGUUCAAAUAGUAUUUGUUUUCUUUCAAAUGAAACUAAUGGAAUAGUCCCCAAAUUGCAAACCCUGCCCAUCUGGUACUCCGGCUUGUGUCGUCCCAUUAUCUCUGCAGGCUGUCUGUGUCUGUUCCAUUGUCAUGGUGAUGUGUUUUGCUUAUCAUGUGUUGUCAUCAGGCCGAGAGCCGUCCAUCUCCAGUGACACUCGCACUGACUCGUCGACAGACAGCUACUCCUACAAGCACUCCCACUCCCACCAUGAGUCCAUGGCCAGCCACUUCUCCUCCGACUCCCAGGGAACCAUAAUCUGUAACCCGGACAAUGAUGCAGCCUCCCACAGCAGCCUGGAGACCCCAGGUAGGAGGAGGAGGAAUACAGGGGUGACAUACACACACAGACAGGAUAUAUAUACUAGGACUGUCCCAGACAAAAAAAAUGUUGGUCGACCGAAAGUCGUCUGUUCUUUCGACAUUUUUAAACGUGUAUUUUUCCAUAUACAGUAUAGACACACCCUAUGUGUUUUAAUCAAAUCAACUAUAUGCUUGUCUGAUGCUUUAAGUGAACUGUUUGAUGAAAUAAGACACAAAUGACUCAAGAGGGAGCCAGAGAUCAAGAUAACCAUAAGGGAAAAAACGUAUUAACCUGACCCGACCAUCCUCCUCCAGUUCCUGCUUGCUUUCUACUUUCCUGAAGUUGCCGGUAAUAGGCUACACCAGGAGUCGGCAACCUUUCUCAUGUGGAAUGCCAAUUUAUCUUACAAUUUGUACCGAUCUGCGUGCCAGUUGUGGUUUUCAUAUGUACAUUUCCGUUGAACAGUUUCAUUUAAUUUAUAAUAAUGUCUUCGUAUCUCAAAAUCGUUGCCAUAUGGUUAAUCAAAAUUCUAUCCAAAUCUAAAUGAAAAUUAUACAAACCUAAAAAGUAACUUCUAUUGCCAUUGCCAACUAUGUAAACAUAGCCUACAUAAAGCCAACAAAUAAAAACAUUGCAGCCUGCAGGUAGAAAAUAUCCUGAUAAAAGUGAAUUAUCGUAUAAAUCACAUUGGCUACGCAUGGCCUGUCUGCAACGAACUUGAAACAUUGUAUCAACUAUUAACUUGGGUCAGGCCUGAAGCUUGUGCUAGCAAACUUGCAACAUUGAAUAAAAUAUUCUGGGCCCUCAGAGUUUCCAGCGCCAGUGAGCUCGGGAUAGACACAGCUGUAGGCUUUUGCGCAAGGGAUAAGAGCUCAUCAGGUAGGCCUAUUUUAUGAAGUUUCCACUGGAUCAGAGUAUGACAUUUUUCCAUUCAUGCUGAGUGGUUAUCGAAAGGGAGAGAGCUGGAAAUAUUUUAAAGAUACAUUGAGGAACUAUUGUCAUUCUCAAUGGAUGUAAAAACAGACUUUGUUUGCUUGUUUGAGGUGAAGAAAACAUUACUUUGAGAAGCUCCACAGCUCAUUAGUGGUGGCGCAUUAAGCCAAUCAGAAAUACUAUCAGAUCCCCAAAUGGGCACAUUUAUAUAUGCCUACAUUUGCACGCAGGCCAGGUAGCCAAUAGGCCUACUUCUAUGUGUAAUCAGGUGUGCGUCCUUACUCAGCAUUGACAGUAGCGCUCCAAACAAAAGACAAUGACUGAAUUGACAAAACUCGUAAAUGGAAUGAAAUAAACCAACUUGUUUCUCACAAGUGUAGCAUAGGUUGUGCACUCUGCACACAACGUGUCCACUCUGACAAUGAGAAUGGUAAAAGACUGGAAUAAUAAUAUAUUGAAUGGAUUAACAGAAAUUACCAUAACCAAACAAACAUUGUAGAUUAGAAAUUAUAGGAAUUAACGGUAAAUGUACUACUGGUGAUAUACACUACCAGUCAAAAGUUUGGACACACCUACUCAUUCAAGGGUUUUUCUUUAUUUUGACUAUUUUCUGCAUUGUAGAAGUGUGCUUUGCACACUCUUGGCAUUCUCUCAACCAUCUUCACCUGGAAUGCUUUUCCAACAGUCUUGAAGGAGUUCUCACAUAUGUUGACCACUUGUUGGCUGCUUUUCCUUCACUCUGCGGUCCGACUCAUCCCAAACCAUCUCAAUUGGGUUGAGGUCGGGGGAUUGUGGAGGCCAGGUCCUCUGAUGCAGCACUCCAUCACUCUCCUUCUUGAUCAAAUAGCCCUUACACAGCCUGGAGGUGUUUUGGGUCAUUGUCCUGUUGAAAAACAAAUUAUAGUCCCACUAAGCCCAAACCAGAUGGGAUGGCAUAUGCUGGUUAAGUGUGCCUUGAAUUCUAAAUAAAUCACAGACAGCGUCACUAGCAAAGCACCCCCACACCAUAACACCUCCUCCUCCAUGCUUUACGGUGGGAAAUACACAUGCAGAGAUCAUCCGUUCACAACCACCGCGUCUCACAAAGACAUGGCGGUUGGAACCAAAAAUAUCAAAUUUGGACUCCAGACUAAAGGACACAUUUCCACCGGUCUAAUGUCCAUUGCUUGUGUUUCUUGGCCCAAGCAAGUCCCUUCUUCUUAUUGGUGUCCUUUAGUAGUGGUUUCUUUGCAGCAAUUCGACCAUGAAGGCCUGAUUCACACAGUCUCCUCUGAACAGUUGAUGUUGAGAUGUGUCUGUUACUUGAACUCUGUGAAGCAUUUAUUUGGGCUGCAAUUUCGGAGGCUGGUAACUCUAAUGAACUUAUCCUCUGCAGCAGAGGUAACUCUGGGUCUUCCAUUCCUGUGGCAGUCCUCAUGAGAGCCAGUAUCAUCAUAGCGCUUGAUGGUUUUUGUGACUGCACUUGAAGAAACUUUCAAAGUUCUUGAAAUGAUCUGUAUUGACUGACCUUCAUGUCUUAAGGUAAUGAUGGACUGUCGUUUCUCUUUGCUUAUUUGAGCUGUUCUUGCCAUAAUAUGGACUUGGUCUUUUACCAAAUAGGGCUAUCUUCUGUAUACCCCCUUACCUUGUCAAAACACAACUGAUUGGUUCAAAAGCAUUAAGAAGGAAGGAAAUGCCACAAAUAAACUUUUAAGAAGGCACACCUGUUCAUUGAAAUGCAUUCCAGGUGACUACCUCAUGAAGCUGGUUGAGAGAAUUCCAAGAGUGUGCAAAGCCGUCAUCAAGGCAAAGGGUGGCUACUUUGAAGAAUCUCAAAUAUAAAAUAUAUUUUGUUUUGUUUAACACUUUUUUGGUUACUACAUGAUUCCAUAUGUGUUAUUUCAUAGUUUUGAUGUCAUCACUACUAUUCUACAAUGUAAAAAAUAGUAAAAAGAAAAGAAAAACCCUUGAAUGAGUAGGUGUGUCCAAACAUUUGACUCCCACGCAUAUACACAGACUAAGCUAUAUAUUUAUUCAUGCUUUUACCUUGCACACAUGCAACUACUUAGGAUUAAGCAUGUAAUGCUUACCCAAACAUACUGAGACAUAUUUGUAAGUACUGUAUAGAGGAUUAAAGCCACAGCCAUUACCCAAUCAUGUUGAUCAUUGAUCAUGUGUCAUCAUGUCUCUCAUGUCCUAACCACAUAAACGGUCAUUGAAAAUGUCCUCCCCCACUUCUCGUUGUUGCUAAGGCCAAGUGGCGGACAGUGGGUCAGUGCAGUGCCACUCUCUGAGGAAAGGCGGGACAGUGGACAGAAAGGGCGGGGCCAGUGACAGGAGGCGGAGCUCUAGUCGUCCACGGCGACUUGAGGAGAGGAGCCGGGGCUCUAAGACUGACGAGGCCACGUCGGCAGGUUACCACAGCGAGGGUACGCAGGAACCAAUCACACGGCAGAACUAGGAGACUAGGGACCAAUCACAUGGCAGAGCCAGGGGACAAGUGACCUAUGACAGAAGGGCAUGAUGACUCAGGAGACUAUAUACUGUAUCUAGCAACUUAGACUUCAUCAGAAUCAGUGCCUCAGUAGUUCAAAAUAUUUUGGUUUUAGAAAUUUAACCAGAAGAUCAGAAUCAGGUACAGGAGUAGGGUAUCGUGUAGUAUACAAAAAUAUGUGUGUCCUUACCAUUUUAUUUUGUUCUGUCCAGUUAUCAGUUAUCACCAAAGUUGUCACUCACGUUGCACUUUCAGCCCAUUAUUUUCUUGCUUUUUCCACCUCCCCCAUCAACACAUGACAUCACACUACUAAUGUCUUUAUCUCCCACUCUCUCUCUGUCUCCCUCCCUCCAUCUCACUCCUCUUUUCUCCCCUCUCUCCCUGGUUUCUAGGUGAGACUCUGAAAGAGCAGCAGGCACCUCGCACCGCAACCAAGUCCUCCUCCUCCAGUCGACUGAGGGACUUCAAGGAGACCAUGAGCAACAUCAUCCACAGCCGGCCCCUCUCCGCCUCUUCCUCGGGCUCCGGGGCCCUUGGGGGUCUAAGGGUUGAGCCGGGGGCCACCACCAAGUCAAGAGACUGGGAGGCCGACAGCACCAGCAGUGAGUCCAAGUCAAGCUCCUCUGGGGGACGCUACAGACCGGCCUGGAGGCCCCGGAGAGAGGUCCUCAAUAUAGACAGCAUCUUCAGCAGGGAGAAACGCAAACAGGCCGGGUAUAGUCCCCUAGGGGCCACCCUGCCUGAAGACAGUGGGGCCCCAGCCGAGGGCCCCACAGGGUCACUCACUGGAAAAGGACAGGAGCCCUUUGGUAAUAUGGCCUCCUCCUGGACCCUGCCGACCCCCAGGGGCCAUAACAUGGAGCAGCAGCCCCCCAGGCUCAUCCAGAGGAUGGAGAGCGGCUAUGAGAGCAGCGAGAGGAACAGUAACAGUCCUGUCAGCCUGGACAUGCCUCUCGGCGAGGGACCCAAUUCUGCUAAUGCACACAGGUACAGUAGAGUAUAUACAGUUGAAGUCAGAAGUUUACAUACACCUUAGCCAAAUACAUUUAAACUCAGUUUUUCACAAUUCCUGACAUUUAAUCCUAGUAAAAAUUCCCGGUCUUAGGUCAGUUAGGAUCACCACUUCAUUUUAAGAAUGUGAAAUGUCAGAAUAAUAGAGUGAAUGAUUUAUUUCAGCUUUUAUUUCUUUCAUCACAUUCCCAGUGGUUCAGAAGUUUCCAUACACUCAAUUAGUAUUUGGUAGCAUUGCCUUUAAAUUGUUUAACUUGGGUCAAACGUUUCGGGUAGCCUUCCACAAGCUUCCCACAAUAAAUUGGGUGAAUUUUGGCCCAUUCCUCCUGACAGAGCUGGUGUAACUGAGUCAGGUUUGUAGGCCACCUUGCUCGCACACGCUUUUUCAGUUCUGCCCACAAAUGUUCUAUAGGAUUGAGGUCAGGGCUUUGUGAUGGCCAUUCCAAUACCUUGACUUUGUUGUCCUUAAGCCAUUUUGCCACAACUUUGGAAGUAUGCUUGGGGUCAUUGUUCAUUUGGAAGACCCAUUUGCGACCAAGCUUUAACUUCCUGACUGAUGUCUUGAGAUUUUGCUUCAAUAUAGCCACAUAAUUGUCCUUCCUCAUGAUGCCAUCUAUUUUGUGAAGUGCACCAGUCACUCCUGCAGCAAAGCACCCCCACAGCAUGAUGCUGCCACCCCCAUGCUUCACGGUUGGGAUGGUGUUCUUCGGCUUGCAAGAGUCCCCCUUUUUCCUUCAAACAUAACGAUGGUCAUUAUGGCCAAACAGUUAUAUUUUUGUUUCAUCAGACCAGAGGACAUUUCUCCAAAAAGUACGAUCUUUGUCCCCGUGUGUAGUUGCAAACCGUAGUCUGACUUUUUUAUGGCGGUUUUGGAGCAGUGGCUUCUUCCUUGCUGAGCGGCCUUUCAGGUUAUGUCGAUAUAGGACUCGUUCUACUGUGGAUAUAGAUACUUUUGCACAUGUUUCCUCCAGCAUCUUCAAAAGGUCCUUUGCUGUUGUUCUGGGAUUGAUUUGCACUUUUCGCACCAAAGUACGUUAAUCUCUAGGAGACAGAACGCGUCUCCUUCCUGAGCGGUAUGAUGGCUGCGUGGUCACAUGGUGUUUAUACUUGCGUACUAUUGUUUGUACAGAUGAACGUGGUACCUUCAGGCGUUUGGAAAUUGCUUCCAAGGAUGAACCAGACUUGUGGAGGUCUACAAUUAUUUUUUCUGAGGUCUUGGCUGAUUUCUUUUGAUUUUCCCAUGAUGUCAAGCAAAGAGGCACUGAGUUGGAAGGUAGGCCUUGAAAUACAUCCACAGGUACACCUCCAAUUGACUCAAAUGAUGUCAAUUAGCCUAUCAGAAGCUUCUAAAGCCAUGACAUACUUUUCUGGAAUUUUCCAAGCUGUUUAAAGGCACAGUCAACUUAGUGUGUGUAAACUUCUGACCCACUGGAAUUGUAAUACUGUGAAUUAUAAGUGAAAUAAUCUGUCUGUAAACAAUUGUUGGAAAAAUUACUUGUGUCAUGCACAAAGUAGAUGUCCUAACCGACUUGCCAAAACGAUAGUUUGUUAACAAGAAAUUUGUGGAGUGGUUGAAAAAUGAGUUUUAAUGACUCCAACCUAAGUGUAUGUAAACUUCCGACUUCAACUGUACAUACUGCUAGGACCGCUAUGAAAGAUUCCAGAUGAUCGUAACUCACAUAUCCGAAAAGGGUAGACUCACACAGGGACAUGAUGAACUGCAUAUGGUAUGGCUGACCUCUCUGUCUGUCUCUCUGUGUGUGUUUCUCAGGGACACCGGUCUGAAGAAGCCCUCCAGCUCCAGCUCAGGUCCAUCAUGGCGCACCGUGCCCAAGUCUAAGAGCAGCAGUGCUCUCCUGCAGGAUGUCAAGGCUUCAUGCAGGGGCAACAGCCACAUAAGCCUGGGUAGGUCUGAGUCCGUGUGUGUGAGUAUGUUUCCCACAAUGUGUGUGGGAAAGUGUAUUUCUAUGUGGAAUUGUUUUAGGGUGUGUGUAUAUAUACUACCGUUCAAAAGUUUGUGGUCACUUAGAAAUGUCCUUGUUUUCGAUAGAAAAUCAAUUUUUUUGUCCAUUAAAAUAACAUCAAAUUGAUCAGAAAUACAGUGUAGACAUUGUUAAUGUUGUAAAUGGCUAUUGUAGCUGGAAACGGCUGAUUUUUUAUGGAAUAUCUACAUAGGCGUACAGAGGCCCAUUAUCAGCAACCAUCAGUCCUUUGUUCCAAUGGCACGUUGUGUUUGCUAAUCCAAGUUUAUCAUUUUAAAAGGUUAAUUGAUCAUUAGAAAACCAUUUUGCAAUUAUGUUAGCACAGCUGAAAACUGUUGUGCUAAUUAAAGAAGCAAUAGAACUGGCCUUCUUGAGACUAGUUGAGUAUCUGGAGCAUCAGCAAUUGUGGGUUUGAUUACAGGCUCAAAAUGGCCAGAAACAAAUAACUUUCUUCUGAAACUCGUCAGUCUAUUCUUGUUCUGAGAAAUGAAGGCUAUUCCAUGCGAUAAAUUGCCAAGAAACUGAAGAUCUCGUACAACAUUGUGUACUACUCCCUUCACAGAACAGCGCAAACUGGCUCUAGCCAGAAUAGAAAGAGGAGUGGGAGGCCCCGGUGCACAACUGAGCAAGAGGACAAAUAAAAAUGAUUUUCUUUCGAAAACAAGGACAUUUCUAAGUGACCCCAAACUUUUGAACGGUAGUGUACAUCACACCAUGUUUAAUGUGAAUGUCUGCGUGUUCACCAUAGCAUGUUUAUAUGUACUUACACAUUAUUAUGUCACAUGUGCGCUGUGUUUCAUAGCAUGUGACCCCUGAGCAGAUGGUUUAUGUUCAUUCAUAUCUGUGUGUCUGUGUGCUUAAAGUGUGAUGAAGUGUACACACUGUCACUCCUCACACCUUCUCUUACUGCCUUGAUAUAGAACAGGGAACAUUAUAGAAAGCUACGAUAUUAAUGUGUUUGUGUGCGUGCAUGUGUGACACAGCGGGAGAGGGCCGCAGCGAGCUGGACGAGCUGCAGGAGGAGGUGGCCAGGCGAGCGAGGGAGCAGGAGUUACAGAGGAGGAAGGAGAAGGAGAAGGAGGCCGCCAUGGGCUUCAACCCCAGACCCAGCAAGUUCAUGGACCUAGACGAACUACAGAACCAGGGUAAGGCCCCAGACACAGCCCCAGCCCCCAGGCCCAACCUAGAGAACAAUGACUUAUAUUAGUUGUUCUGUUGGAGGCAGCCCUGCCCCACCAUGUGUUUGUGUGUGUGUGUGUCUCUUUAUGUAGCAGGUGUCUCAGUGCUCCAUGUUUAAAGCACCCUGAGUGGGCUGCCUAAUGGGACUGCUGUUUUCCAACAGAAAAGAGCAUUGUUCCCCCACACACACAAUAGGAAGUUUCCUCAUUCAGAGGGUUAAAAUGUGUGGCCGGCCAAUGGCCCAGUCACUGUGUGAAAGGGAGGGAAAAAACAUGUUUGACUGUUUGCUGCAUUUGUAGUGGAGAGAAAUUGGAUGAACUAGUGAGGCUUGUAGCAGUAUUGAGUGAGUUAGGUAAAUUGUGCUAGCCAGCUGCGAUUCUGAAGUGAAGAAAAGUCUGAGUUAACUCAACUCCACAGUGUGCCUUCUUUGUUUUAAAUAGCUUUUUUGGUGUGUUUAAAGAGCUUUGCUUUUGGUAUGCGUGUUCCUUAGGCAAAGGGGACGGCUUUGAGCGGUGUGUGUCGGACGCUGAGCUGCUGCUAGACCAGUCUCUGCGGCUGGAGCAGGCUGGCGAGUUGUCUGCCGCUCUGUCUGUGGUUAACGAAGCUGUGUGUAAGUAGCCUUAACCUGCCUCCCUGUGCCUGCUGCCAGCCCAGCCGCCCCACUAUAACACUGUAUCACCACCUACCUGUCUGUGUCCGUUUGUCUGUCUAUGUGUUUCACCUGUAGUCCUUACCAAUAUUGUGCAUAAGACAGUCAUGCUAACUGCUAGCCAUGAUGCUAGCCAUGCUGGCCAUGAUAAAUAAUUUGAGUUAUUAUGUACUUGCUACAACUGUGAUGUGGUUGUCUCACCCAGUUAUCUUAAGAUGAAUGCCCUAAUUGUAAGUCACUGUGGAUAAGAGCGUCUACUAAAUGACUAAAAUGUAAAUAAAUAUAUACAUUUUUAAUAAUGUGAACGUGAAUGCUACAAGAAGGGUCAUUUUGACCUUUGGUGUGAACUUGAGGGUCCUAUUGGACAAAUAUCUACUUCCAGGCCACAGAGUCACUUGGUUUGAACCAGUCAUAUGACUAGUCUAUACCUGAAAGGUUAAGUUGUGCCACGGUAUUGGCAGAACAAUUGCCGCAAUGCGUGUGCAACACAGUGCUCUAUCGUCUCCUAGCGAUAGUUUGUUACAAAACUCUAACUUUUUAGUGCCCACAACUGUAGCUCUUGUUUUAUCCAAAUCUUAUGACAUUUAUGCUUUCUGUUCAGUCACACCCACAAUAAGAGGCCUGAACCUAAAAUAAAAGCCCAUAAACAUAAGCAGGAGCAGUCUUGAAUGAGUAAUGACAAGGGGAAGGGACAAUUUGGUCUGUCGAAACACACGUUUGGGAAUGCUGAUAAGGUCAGCAGCCCUCUGUCUACCAACCGUCUCUGUCUGAUGAUAAUGAAACGAGGCGAGUUGCCGGGGUGUUUACCCAUCACCGUGGUUACUAGCCUGCCCGCCUGGCAGUGCAGAGAGGGACAGGUCAGGGGUGGAGGGGGGUGGGGAACCCAGCGCUAUGACAACCAUGUCAACAUGGAAGUGAGUCUGUUAGUAUGGUGUGUGUCUCUCUGUCUGUGUUUGUCCACAUUUCCUAGUAUAUCUGUGUAUUGAUGUGACUUUCUCAGUAUCACUGUCUCUGUCGUGAGCGUCUUGGACAUUGAAUGUGUGUUUGAUACUCCUGACUCGUCCACAGAAGAAUGCUCACACACACCCAACUCUUUCUCACACACACACACACUGUUUCCCUUGUCAGACACCCCAGUAAACCCUCGUCCCACAAACCCCAUUUCUCCUUUAAGAUCUACAGCAAGUCAAGUCGAGUACUACAAACAUCUGAACUAAAGAUAUUUCACCAGCUAACCAAGACAAAGAGUUAGAAAAAUUGCUGCUAUAUUUCUCAAUUCAGCUGCCAUGAUACAGUAUGAGUCAAAAUACCAAGGAACAGCCUUUAGUUUCUUCUCAGCCUUCUUAGAUAUUGCGCCUAGGGAAGGGCUCAGUUUAAAACCAUCAAUUUAAGUUUUUUGGCUUAACAUAAUUCACUUUGAUUAAUUUAACGUUAUUGUAUAUGAUUUAACCAUUGUGCCGUAUGAACAGAAUCUUUUGUUAAGAGUCACUGUGGAUCUUAAUUUUAUUUUAAUGUACAACACACACAACAUCCAUGUUACUCACCAAGCGUGGUGCCUGUUUGUGUCCUCCCCCACCCCAAACCCCACCCCUCCCCUCCAAACCCCACCCCUCCCCUCCAAACCCCACCCCCAUUAAGUCUAAUCCUAUGAUUUAGUUUUGUGCCAAGUGUUUUUGCAUGCAUCCCCAUAACUCAGCUCUUUAUUUUCUGCAUUUUUCUUUCUUUUUUUCUUUUCUGCUUUCCUUCCUUUUUUUCGCCCUGUAGCUAAACUCGGGCUUCCCAUGCAUGAGGGCGGUGCUAACACUCAUAGCAGGACAGUGGCUGAGGCCCGGCUGCAAAAGUGCAUGAGGAGAGCGAGGGGCCUGCAGCAGCGCAUGCAACAACAGCAGGAAGACAGAACCCAGCAACAGGAUCAGGAGCAGACAGAGGAGCAGGAUCAGCCCUGUCCCUGUCCCCAGGGGCCCCCCAGGUACCAGCACUGUCUCCUGUCUGUGUCCUGUGACUCCCGUCCCCCAGCUGACCUGCCCUGUUCAGCCCACACCCCUGGCUGAGCUCCUCAUGUGGCUCUGGAAGGAGUGGAACAAGGGAUCACACAGUCCUGGUUUAUUCUUUAACAUGCAAAAUGCCUUGCAUGUAGUAUAGGAAAAAUACCAUUGAUUUGUACGUAGAAGUUGUGUUCAACGUGCAUACAAAAAGUGAGAAAUGCUGUUUCAUUUCAUUUAACCUAGGUUCUUUAAAGUAGGCCUAUAUAUUUGGAGUUUUAACAGUUUGCUGAUGUUAUCCUACAUCCACCCAUUAAUCCAACAUAUUUUUUCCAAACACACAAUUUUACCCUUAUGUUUAAAGAUGUACUAGUAUUUGCUAAUGCCACCUCGUAUUCAGUGAAAAUGUAGCUAGUGCUGCUGUGUUUUGUGGAGGAAGGGUUGUGUGUGUGGGUGUUUACUGUUUAGUCUUGUGGGGGUUGCUGUGAGGCCAGGACCCAGGGGUUCGGUUCUGAGCCAUCCCCUGGGCUAGCCUGUACCAGGCCUAAAGAGUCCAUCUGUUACAGGAACAUGACACACACACCAGUUUUAGACCUAGAACACAAGCUCUGUUUCAGAGCUCAGAAAUGUGAGAGAUGCCUGGCCAUGAUUCACUAACCAGCCCAUAAUAUGAGCCUCUUUCCUCCUCCUUCCUAGUGAACAGCCUGUCCCGAUCAAAAUACUGUUGAUGGACGCCCAGGAGGACCAACCACAAGCAGUCCUGGAAGCCACCAGAAGCACGCCUUCUCCUCUCCAUGUUAAGCCCCUCCCCUCCAGUACAAACUCACUCCUUGAGCCCUCGAGCCACCCCCCUGUCUCUAUGCCCCCAAGCAAUCACACAGGGUCACCCACAGGGGGGUAUGUGGCGAAGGCAAGGGGGAGCUGGGAAGGACUGGAUAUGUCAGGUGUGCUGGAGAACUCCUGCCCUCGUGUGAGACCCCUCCACAAGCACGCUGCCUUCUCCCUGCCUGCCCUGUGUGUGGACGGCUGGGACGAGAGCUAUACUGAGGGAGGCCAUGACCAGCCCCCAGCUCUUCCCAACCACCAGCCAGCUGCAUCCCCGCACUGGAACAGUAUCACCCCAGCCCAGACUCUGCCCACCCCACACCCCCACUCCAGGACACCCUCCCCAGUCAGCCACACCUCAGAGGAAAGGGGCCACGCCAACAUGGAGGAUGCCUACCCCAGACGGCCUUCCCUGGGACCCUCUCAGCCCCCUCCUACCCAUCAGAACCACAGCUCCACUGUCCUGAUCUCCUCCAACACCUCCAGGCUCGGCCCUCCUCCUCCCCCUCCCACCCGGAACUGGUCCGGCUGGAGCCUGGGUCGGCCGGAUGCUAUCGACUCCCCCUUCUACACCCCUCCCACAGAUUCCCACUGUCCUCCACCCGCCCCCAUCCGACCAGGGCGUACCCCAUCCCCAGCGUCUGGGGACUACCGGUCAGGUGCCGCCAUGCCAGUGGAUCACUGGGCAGAGAACGUGACCCGCUUCUACAACUCCCAGCCUGCCCCUGUGGUGGGGUCGCCCUGCGAGGAGCUGUCGGAGCUGGACUCUCUGUACCAGGCGAGCCUGCAGGCCCCCAGCCUGCCCCGGGGCCCACGCGGAGUCAGCCCCCAGCCCACUACGAACAAGCAACGUAAGGAUACUCACCGACCAGUGACCACUGUUAAAAAAAAGAGAGAAGAUGAAUGAGAAAAAUGAAUUGGGUGAAAGUUGUCCACCACUAAUACUGUGUCUCUGUGUUGUAUCUGCAGCUGCUAGGAAGCUGUUGUCUGGGCUGGCUGCACCUGGCCGCUCCAAGACUCCCACAGCCGAGUUAGAGAGACAUGCCUACAGAACGCCAGGCUACACCAGCAGCCCCAGCAGCCCCACACAACACCCCAAGGUCGGCAUCCACAGGGUGUGUGUACGUGUGUGUGCAUAUAUAUGUGUGUGUGUUUGUUGGCUGGUUGUGAGGUUCAAAGCUGUGUGUAGUGAUUUGGUGCAGAUAUGUGAAGGCUGUAUCUGAGUGACGUGUGUGGGUGGAAUGGCAUGUGUUUGUGUCAGCCCCUGUGUCUAUACAUGUAUGUAUUUGUGCGUGCGUGUGUGUGUGUAGGAGGGUUUUUGACACGAUGUGUCUGUUGUUUCCCUGUAGCCUGGGUCAUGUGAGCGACCACUGGGAGAUGACGAGAACUACAGUGCUGAGAACCUCCGCCGCAUCGCCCGCAGUCUGAGUGGCACAGUCAUAGGGGGACGACCAGAACACCUCGCCCCCUCCCGCAGCUUUGUGAGUCACACACACACACACACACUAGUGCUAAGCGAUUCUUUUUUUUGAUUAAACAACUAAUUGACAGAGGGCGGUUCAAUUACUUGAAGUCGCUCUGGAUAACAGCGUCUGCUAAAUGACUAAAAUGUAAUGUAUAUAAAUACCAUUUAGUUAGUUUUUUUGUGAGCUGAACGCGCCGUUUCUCUAGAGAGAAAUCAUAUCAAACACGAGAGACAUCAAAUCAAGAACAAACUGUGGGAUGCUGUAGGGAGAUGUAGUUUUCAAUAGGCAAAUAUUCAUAAUAAUAAAUAAUAUGCCAUUUAGCAGACGCUUUUAUCCAAAGCGACUUACAGUCAUGCGUGCAUAAUUUUUUUUUGUGUAUGGGUGGUCCCGGGGAUCGAACCCACUACCUUGGCGUUACAAGCGCCGUGCUCUACCCCCCUCCUCGGGGCCCUAUCUGGGACGCUCAGGUAACCAUCAGCCCCCUCCACCUCCAGUCAUCAGACCACAGCACCAUCCUGGCCCUAUCAGAAGUCCUAGUUCAGUGCAGAAAACGUUGUAUUUAACUACAAUGACCAGAAUCCAUUGCGCUUGUCUUCCCGGCCCCACACAGAGGAACGUACACAACACAGCGACGAGAGGGAUAGACACAGUUUGUGACUCGAGGUAGCUCUACCAGAUUGGUAGUUGUAGCAGGCUUGAAACCUUAUCUAUGCUGAAGAACUACUAAAAUAGUGAUUUCGCCAGACAGCUCUGCAGCAUGGGCAGCUUUGGCAAUCCAACGAUCACGGGCUACCCUUUUCGAGCCAACUAGCUAAAUAGUAUGACUCGUUGGGGAGCAGAUAGAUAACGUUAGAUGGUGGUCUGGCUGUCUGGCUGCUACUGCCUGACAGCCAAACAACCAUCUAAUAUAAUCACAACUGAAAUAUUUAAUUUAAGUAAUGUUCUUAGUAAGUGAUAAGCAGUAAUGGGCAGUCACUACCAUCAUGGGACUUUUAUUAAUUGUUUUUAUUCUAUGUUGUUAGAGACAGUGGAAUGUUUUCAUUGUUUAGCUUUGGAAUUUAAAUUAAAAAUCUCUAAAAUAAUUUCAAGGUCAUAUUUCAUAAUGCAUUUAAUGUAAAAAUAAUAAAAAAAUAAAAAAUGUUUUAACCGAAUUCGAAAAACUUGAUGAUUUUUUACAAACCGAACCCACUUCAAAAAACACUAAUCCCUCAGCACUAACACACACACACACACACACACACACACACACACACUGUGCAUAUGUCAUACACACAAACACAGAGCCUUACACGCAAUCCUCAGUUCCUGACUGGGGAAGGCCACAGCUGUCACUCCCACUCAGUGCUGUCUGUGUUACCUUUGGUGAGCACAUCAUUACAUCAUCAUGUACCUCAUCAUCAUCACACCUCCCUCCCAGUGGAUGUGAUUGUUUCAUACUGUCAUACUGCCAUCUGGUGUUCACAUAAUGUAUCUGCAGUGCUGUGCUGUGAUGGAGCCCCUAGUGGUGUGAUCUUCACUCAGCAAAAUGCCGGAGGCGGAAUCUAUAAAUGAUUAAUAAAUCAUUUAGUUCAUCCAUUAAGCUUUUAACCUUGUGUUCAGCUUACAUUCUUUGGCUGAAGAACAAAGGCCAGCACUAGACAUGGCACUGUUGCAUUAUAUGAAUAGAUGGUGAGGUUUGUGCUGCCAUUGAAGUGCUGACUGUUGUUUUCGUUUUGUUUUCGUUUGUGGGUCAGCCGUCCCUUGUCAACCUGUUUUUAACUCAUCUGUCUUCCUCUCAUCCUCCUCUCCUCUCCUUUCUACCUCUCAACUGCUGGGUGGAAAUCUCUCUCUUUCUCUCUCUCAAACUGAACCUCGUUCUUUCUCUUUAAUAAAAAAAAAGGAGACCCCAGUUACCAGGAUGCCAAAGCAUGCGGACCCCCGAGUCACCGCACGUCACCCUAGCACGUCCUCCCUGCACCUCCCUCCCUCCUCCACCCACCUCUCUCCACCCGAGCACCAACACCAAUACAUCCACAACAACCACCUCUACAACCCCCCAGCAAUGUCCCAGCACCCCCCUCAGCAGGCAGCGCGGCCCCCCUCCUCGGGGCCCUAUCUGGGACGCUCAGGUAACCAUCAGCCCCCUCCACCUCCAGUCAUCAGACCACAGCACCAUCCUGGCCCUAUCAGAAGUAGAUCACAUUACACUCUCGCUUUGUCUGUUAUCCCUUUCAUUGUCUCUAUAUGUCUGGCCACACUACAGGGUUUAGGCGAUUCCAUACCAGCGGUAGCAGAAAAUAUUUUCGGUAUCCCAGAUUGUUCAGUCAAUUCUCACAUAGAAACUUCAUUGGGAGGAAGGAUGUUUGACAUGCUUUUUACAUGUGUAUCACAAACCAUUUUUAAGACUUAAUGAUCUGUGAACCGUACAUGAUACAGACAACAUAUUGAUGUCAUUAUGCUCCUUAUAGUGUGCUCUAACAUAUGGAGUAUGUCUAGAUUCUGAAAUAUGCAUUUCCACAUUAAUUUAUUCAACAUUAAAAAUAUUAAUAUGAAUAUCUCAAAACUACCCUUUUGGAAAGAAAGUGUGACAGGGGACAGGAACAAAUUGACAGAACUCUUUGAUUGUAUAGUGUGUUUUCCACUGUGCCUGUACUGAAAUAGCUAGUGCUCUGCUUUGUUCUAAUAAUGAUCUGCCCCACAGGAGAUCACCAGAAGGGAGACCAGUUUCUGGCUGUGUUUGACCGGGGUGAAGCUUUCUCCCGUGAAAACUACCACAGUGUUGCACUGAGCUACGGCACGCUGCCGCGGGCACCUCGCAGGGUACCUCCUUCUGGGUCAUCCUCUCUCCCCCAGCCCAGGGAAGGACGCAGCCCCGGCCCUGGCCCUGGGUACUACAGCCGCCCAGACACGGGCUACGCCACCCUCUCCCACCCCCGCCGUUCUGCCCCCCCUAGUGGCACCAUUAACGGCUACAGGCAGCCCCCUCAACCAAGCAGGAUCAACGGAACCCUACCCAUCCGCCUACCUCCCCAACACCACCCAGCUCACCACCGGCUGUCCAGCGAGACCUCCACCCAGCCCCUCCGCCUGGACGUACCCCCGGAUGUUGACUGGAGGACUCCCAACUACAGGAUGGUACCACCAUCCAUGCCCAUGCGGGACGCCCACCCCCUCCAUCAGCCCACCCAGAAGCCUGACCAACCCCGAAUGAGGGCAACAUCCCGCGGCCCCGGUAGUGCCCCACUUUGUUCCCUGUGCCAACAGCUGCCCACCGAGCCCUCCUGCCACUACUGCCAGUCCUGUGGGGCCUACAUGGCCCGCUUCCGGCAUGCCAGCUGA